CCUUUUACCGGAAGAACUGCGGUGACAGCUCCUGGUUGCCCUUGUUUGGCAGCUCGGUUGGCUGUGAGGGAGCUUCGAUCUCCUCCCCGGGAACACAUAAUGUUGCGGGCCUCAUGGUGAGUGUCCUGACCCCCUGACCGAGCUCUCAUCCCCGGAAGGAGAGAUUUUAACACAUAACAAUGGCUCAGAUUAGGCUGGCUGCCUGUAGAUAGGAACACAUGGAUUAGAUCUCCCACAUUACCCACACAUGUAUAAACACAUAGCUGAUAUUUGUGUUGCAUUUAUUAAUACAGCAUAUAUCUCAGCUCCAGCCGCUAUAUGAUUGCACAUUUUCAUUAAAGGACCACUAUAGGCACCCAGACCACUACAGCUCAAUAUAGUGGUCUGGGUGCCAGGUCCGUCUAGGGUUAACCCUGCAGCUGUAAACAUAGCAGUUUCAAAGAAACUGCUAUGUUUACAUUGGGGUUAAUCCAGCUUCUAGUGGCUGUCUCAUUGACAGCCGCUUCCGCGAUUCUCACUGUGAAAAUCACUGUGAGAAGACUCUGCUGUCCAUAGGAAAGCAUUGAGAAAUGCUUUCCUAUGGACUGUUUGAAUACGCGCGCGGCUCUUGCCACACAUGCACAUUCAGCCAAUGACGUCGGGAGGAGGCGAAGAGUUCCCCAGCGCCGAGGUAGCCCGGCGCUGGAUAAAGGUAAGUGUUUAAUCCCUUCACUCCCCCUUCAGCCUGGCGGAAGUGGGACCCUGAGGGUGAGGGUGGCUCCAGGACCCUAUAGAGCCAGAAAAACAAGUAUGUUUUCCUGGCACUAUAGUGGUCCUUUAACUGAAAGAGACGAAAGGCUGAGCAACGUCCUGCUGUAGUGUCACAUCUCUACAUUUAAAGGAACACUCUAAGGUUAAAAUUAAAAGCAUUUUUUUUUUCCCUAAGUGAAUUUCCUUAUUUAUUUUAUGGACCCUCAUUUUUAAAUUAGGUUAAUAAAACUAAUAAAAUAAAAAUUGUUAAACAUACCUGUAAUCCAGCACUGGGCUGUCACCCUCAUUUGAGUUUAGUUAUUAUGAUCUUGGUCCAAUUCAAUGCUUCUUAUAGAGACAAAUUGAAGACUUAUGGCGCAUUAAUGGCAAUUGCCAUGCUCUGCCAAUCUGACAUUUCUCACAGAGAAACAAUGAAUCCAAUACUUCUCAGUGAUAAACAUUUAGCAGUGCUAGGCUUCAUCGUGUUGCAUGUGCAUGAAGACACCUAAUUUGAACACCUUCAAUUUUUGAAGAUAUUCAUGAGGAACUGCCUUUAGUGGCAGUCAAUCUGACAGCCACUAGUUGUGUUCUCUUGCAAAGUAAACAUUGCCAGACAAAAGGAACAAGGUCUGUGUACCUAAACCACUACAUUAGCAGGAUCACCUUUAUGGGGCCUGAUUGGCAUGCCAGUGUUGUGAAUGUCACACAUGCGCUGCCCAAAACCAGGGCAGACCCAACCAGGAAAAAGGAGAGGUCCCCUAAACAAUAAGCAAUACGCCUGGGAUGAAUGAUGAGGUGUGCAUGCUAUGCUUUUGAGGACAGUUCCCUAGUGUCCCUGAAAGUGGGACAUCAAGAAACUAAGUCGGUUACACUAUAUAGUGUAAAGGUUUACACUAAUAUUUGGGCAUAGUAACUCUUACUUUCUUCAUCCUCCCUUCAAAACGUAAAAAGAUGACAUAACUUCCCCUCGUUGUAGAGGGAGGGAUGUCAAUGAUGACAGGCUGGGGUAAGGAUUUGGGCAGCAUGGAGGGAGCCCUGCCAACAUUAGUCAUCUGCAGCAGACGUCCAAUAUUCUCAAAAUUUACAUUAGUCAGCCAGAAAUACUUGUACCAGUAAGCUAAUGAUGAAAUUCAAGGUGGAAUUACAGCUCCGGCAACAAUGUCAUAUAUCUGUGUAUGUGCAGCGUUUCACAGACUCCAAGCAACAUGACCACUUUUAAUCACUGCAGUGGUCAUGGUGCUUGUAGUAACCAUUUAAGAUGUAAGAGUUUAAGUGCUUAGACUGUCCAAUAUAUAUGUAUCAUGGUGAUGCAUAUAUAUAUAUAUGAGAACACUAUAUAUAUAUAUAUAUAUAUAUAUAUAUAUUACAAUUUUCCUGUUUGAAGUUAAAGGUACAAAUUAGUAAGUUAUGGUGCCUGGAGUGUCCCCUGGCGCCAUCUUAUCUUUUAGUGUUAAACCAUUUUACAAUUGGAUUAACGCAUAAAUGAUAUUCGCUCUUAAUAUGAUUUUCAGACUGUGCCAGGAAAUAAACCAAAAAGUUGCAAUUGCUGCGAGGACGCAUGCAAUUCCAACUUUUCUAUGCAUUAAGAGCUGUAAUGCUGCUUUUUUAGAAGGUGGGAAUGCAGACUUGCAGUAGCCGAGCUCGCCUUUUUCUUUUGUUAGCUCAAUAGAGCUAACAGAAGCAGAAUAAAUACUCCCCGGUUGUUUGAGUGACAGCCAUGGAGGUGUUUCUGCCAAUUCUAAAAGUGACGAUUUAUAUUAUAAACUGCUACAAAUAUGACAGACUCCAGAUACAAACAGCUAUGUGGAGUGGUCCUUUAAUUUUUAGAUUUUAUUAAAUAACAAAACUAAAUUUAAAAGAGAAUCCACCAUAUAUCACAUUUUAUUUGACUUCUGUAGCAGUGAGUGUCACCAUCAUUUGUAUGUUUAUUUUCUGCACUCUGUGGCAUAUACUUGAGUGAACAAUAUGUAUGUGUUAAUUACCAACCUUUUUUUUUUAAUUUUAGCACUGUGUGCCGGAGUUUGAUAAAUAAGCGUUCUCUUGAAGAAGCCAAACUCCCCUUGCAGAAGCUACAUUCCCGUAGAGUUCACCAAUAUUCAUUUUCAAGAUUAAGAAAUCAGAAGCCAUUACCCAGGACCUCGACUAAAUACUAUUCAUCUUUGUCACGUCUUCCAUUAAGGAGAAACAGACUUUUGCCAGCCAGUUAUGGAUACCAAAUUAAACGUAACUUUUGGAUUGCUAGACUGGCAUCGCGGGUGUUGAAACUCCGUUAUCUUGUGUUGGGAUCUGCUGUUGGCGGUGGAUACACAGCUAAAAAAGUGAGAACACUAGAAAAUAUUUUGCAGUAAUUUUUAAAACAAAUGUCCUGAGUGUUUAACAUCAGUGUAUGUUUUGCAGUCUCGUAUUAAUGUGUGCCAAAGUAUGUUGGCAAGGUAUGAUUGAUGUGUUUAUUCUUUUGUUAAGUUUUUGACACCUAUCGAUUCUUAGAUUCUUUGCUAAUUUUACAUUCUAUUAUUUUUAGACAUAUGAUCAAUGGAGAGAUAUGUUUCCUGAUCUUAGUGAAUAUAAAUGGAUUGUACCGGACUUUGUAUGGGAAUUGGAUGAACACAUCGAUUUUGGUUAGUAUUUUAUAUUUUACUGGGAUUGCUUUUAUUUUAAAGGUUUGAAUAUCAGAGGGACAAUAGUGACUGGAGUUGAUCCAUUCUAUAUUAUUAAAGGACCACUAUAGUGCCAGGAAAACAUACUCGUUUUCCUGGCACUAUAGUGCCCUGAGGGUGCCCUCACCCUCAGGGUCCCCCUCCCGCCCGGCUCUGGGGAGAGGAAAGGGGUAAUAACUUACCUUUUUCCAGCGCUGGGCGGAGAGCUCUCCUCCUCCUCUCCGCCUCCGUUACGCCGGCUGAAUGCGCGCGGCGGCAAGAGCUGCGCUGCAUUCAGCGUCUCAUAGGAAAGCAUUUACAAUGCUUUCCUAUGGACGCUGGCGUGCUCUCACUGUGAUUUUCACAGUGAGAAGCACGCAAGCGCCUCUAGUGGCUGUCAAUGAGACAGCCACUAGAGGAUUAGGGGGAAGGCUUAACUCAUUCAUAAUUAUAGCAGUUUCUCUGAAACUGCUAUAAUUAUGAAAAAAUGGGUUAACCCUAGAAGGACCUGGCACCCAGACCACUUCAUUAAGCUGAAGUGGUCUGGGUGCCUAGAGUGGUCCUUUAAAUCGAUAAUGUAUACAAAUAUUAAAAAAGACACAAGUUUGAAAUUCUUGCAAAUAUCCAAACUCGGCUACUCAGCCUCAAUGAGGCUCCUUUAACACAAGCACUGCUUAGCUUAUCCCAUGUGCAGUAAUUUUGGGGAAAAAAAGCAAGGGUUUCUGAGAGUUGUUGUCCAAUUGUCAGAUUUCUACAUCAGAAAGCUAUCAGUUUAGUGGUUAUGAUGUCAGGAUAGUUUGAACAAUUUCACCUCUUACCUGUGGUCCAUCAGGUGCUUCUCCACACCUCCACUACUAGCAAACUUUUAAUGACAUUUUGAAGCAAGAACAAAAAAAAGGGUUUUGUCCCACGCUUCAAGUCCAUAAAAUAGAAAUCAUCUGUUGAUGUAAAAACAUAUAUUUAUUUAAACAUUUUAAAAUCCGUAAAAAAGUUACUCGGAUAUAGUGUGUAGGAGCAUCCAAAAUCUAACAAGUUUCUUCAUGAGACUAAAUCAUCUUUUGAGGUACUAAUCCUUCUCUAGUAAUAUCCCUAUUAACCAGUAUUUUAUUGAGAUCUCUUGGUCAAUCACUAGCGUCCCUUUAAAACAAACAAAUGGAUUAGUAAACAUGCAUUCGUGUUCAUCAUAAUUAAUAUUUUACCAGUUACCACCUGACCACUUGUGCUGCCAGUGGUCAAAUACUGCAGUUUGCAUGAAAAACGCAAAUUAAUUUAUUUUGCCAAUGACACUUCUGCUGGAUGUGUGUAAAGUUAAUCUGGUUAUAUAUCCAGUGUUUGCUAAGUAUGCAAAUCCAAUAUUUUACAUAUGAUUUGUAUAUUACAAUUACUAUUUUAAAGAAAACACUGUAUGUUACCAAAUGUAAUGCACUCAUUAUUUGAACUAACUGAAUUUCAACCAGAUUUGCAUAUUGUGUCAAAAUUGGGUUGCAAUUCGUUUAGUUUUUUUUGUUUGUGUCCUUGUUGCAUUUGGACUUUAAUGAAUAAUGCUGAUCGCAAAUGCACAGCUUUUUUUUUCCCCUUUAACAUCCUAUAAAACAUAUUUUUUAUGAUCGUCUCUUUUUAAAAUGGAUGUAAUGACAGACAUGCAUGUAAUGUUUUAUACUUUGUGACAUUUGGAUCUUCAUUUACAGAUAAAUUUAGAAAAGCUCUCCCAGAUUCUGACGAACUAGCUAAACUUCUGCCUGAUUUUGAGAAGCUGGGUGAAAGUUUUAGCUUAUUAAAAGGAUGGCUUUCAUCAGGUGAGGGGAUAAAUAUUUCAUCUCAUCAGUUGUAUUAGUCAAUUAUCUGUAUCACAUUUUUUGUUUUGUCUCAUUCAAUCUUUUUAAUUCUUGAUUUGAAACAUUUAUUCUGUAAACAAAUCUUCUGUUACCACCAAUAUUGCCCUUAUUGAUGGUAGUUAGAAAAUGUGAAACUGCACAUCCCCCCUUCUAUGCUGUUAACUGUGUGAACAUUUGUUUUUGUAUAAGACAAUGCUUGAAUUUUGAGUUUAUGGGAGAUGCUUUUACUCACACUAUUUGCAAGAGCACAUUAUAAUGUUUGCAAAUGUGGUACUGUAAUCCUCAAUUUAUUAUGUUGCUUCCAGCUUUAUAAUAUUCAGGCCAAUGUUAGCAUAUGGUUUUAGGGCAUGUAUGGCUUAUUUAAACUCACCAGUCCAUUGCAUGUGCUGUUCAUGCCCACAGGGUUUCCCUUGUAAGCCUUUCUUUCUCAAACCCCUUUAACAGUGGUACCUGCAAUAAGACUUGACGUGUGGAUCUGCCACAACUUUUCACAUCCUCAGUUCAGCACCUUAUGUAAUACUGAUGUUGCCAAAUUGGCAAUUUUCUGCCAACAAUGUAUACAUUUAUUAGAAUUCAUUGAUCGCACAAUUUAGUUACAAGUUGUGAGACACAACAAUAUGUAUUUUUAAUAUAAGUAACAGUCUCUGAAAAUUACUUAUAGUAUAAUUCAGUGUACAUUUUGCAUGACUCUCUUUCAACUAAUAUUUUCACAACUUUUGUAAGGUUUUGUUUUUAUGAAAAAUACCAAACGCUGAACAUGGUAAAUUUAAUUAAUUUAAAUUCACACAUACAUACAAAAUGCGUUAUCAUGUCUCACUUCUAUUACAUUACGUAUGACCAUGUAAAGGGUUACUCCAACUACCAUAACCACUUUUAGAAGUGGUCAUGUGGGUGGGCAUGUGUAUGUGCAGUGUUUGUAGUCCCCCACCCUCCGGCACAUGUCACUUAGCCUAGAAGUCUUUUCCAGAAUGCCGAAUGUCAAUUCUGUGCAUAUUUUACAUUUGUCAACAGACGUAUUGAGCUUCUCCUCCAGUUCAGCCCUUCCUGCGUCCCUAUACCUUUGUUUGUUUGUUUUUUUCCCCACACCCAAUCUCCCUUCCACUCCCUCUACUAGCCGGCUCAGAACGCACUCAUGUGCUCAGAGCCGGUGAUAUGGUCCGAUCAAAGCCUUUGAUUGGACCACACAUGGCACUAGAUUCCAGGUAAGGAAAAUACUUAAAAAAAAAUAAAAAGUUUUUAUUUUUAUAGAAAAAUAAAUAUGCAUUAAAAUAUAAUUGGAGUAACCCUUUAAUUUUUCGUUUUUAUUGUCAUUUGUAUAUUUUAAUGCAUUUCAGUUUAAGUAGCAGUGGGUUUCCUUUCCAGGUUUGCAACCAUGCUUUCACACUUCACAAUAUCCUUUUUUCCCCUUUUUUUGCCAAUCUUUCACAGGUCACAAUUUGGUUAGUGAAGUCAUAGGAGCUUCUGAUCUGCUACUGUUGUUAGGUGUGUAAAUGCCAUCUAUGUUGCCCUAUUAACACAAUUAUCUGAUAGUUCCUCUUAAAUAUCACAUUAAAUGGCUAAGCAUAAUACGACAUUAGCACAGGAAUUGUCUGGUGUGGUGUUGGGGGGAUUGUGUGAAUCUUAGCUGAUAUUUAACUUUUUAAAGAUGUCCCAUUCCCAUUUUUCUUACUUCUCAAUUAGUCCAUUUUGUUAUGAAAGUUGACUAUACCACUUAUAUUGCUGGCUGUUACUGGAAAGGAAGCCUCAGCUAUUGCAAUGUUUAUCAUAUGUCUAUAAUUGUAUUAAUUUCACAUAUUAACAGCAUUCAUUGCAAUUUGGCCUUAAAUGAGCAAUUCAUUUCUCAAAGGCCUUUACAUAAUUCUGUUUCACCUGUACUCCAACACAGUUUAUUCAGAUUGUGACAUGUCUUUCGAGUAUAAAAAAAAAAAAAAAAGGAAAUAAUCUAUCCGCAGCCAGUGAACAUUACAAUUGUCCACCCACCUGGUAUCUAGCUGUAGGCAUCAACCAUAUAGUGCAAUUCAAAGAAUAUUAUUAUAUAUACUAUAGACUAUUAAAAUAAAUAAUUGGAAAUAUCUUAUUGACACUUUCUGAUUGAAUUGAUUUAAUUUUUAAAGAUAAUCAUAUCUAUGACAUGAUAUUGUGCACUCUGGCUUCUUUUAUUUAGGUUCAGGAGGGGAGACUGCCUUUAAAGCUUCAGAUAGUCAAGGUUUUGAAAGUGAAAAACAAUACAAAAAGGUGAGAAAACAUUAAGUAGGUUUUUUUUUUAUUUAUUUUUUAUUAAAACAAAGUUGGUAUUAAAGAGACAUGCAUGACUUGACAAUUAUUUAUUUUUUUUAAACUAGCAAGCAAACACUUAUUAUAAACAAAUAUACAAACCAAAAUAAUGCAAGAAAAACUUUGGAGAACCCAUCUCUCUUUCAGAUCUACCCAGUUGUGACAGAAACAGGGCAUUAGUCUUGUAUUUCCACUUGCCAUAACUAAGUUCUAUAGAGAGAAACCCUACACUAAUGCCUGCUCUGCAUGAAUCACACUGAUCAGACCUUUUCACCUUCCAUGUUGUAAGGCAAAGUGAUGCAUGUCCGUUUAAGUUUUCACACUGUAACAGUGUAAGGUUGUUUACAAUUCAUAACAAUGUCUUAUAGUAAUGUACAUAGUCUUUUGCAAACCGUAUCUAUCAUUAUAGAGCAAUAUUUGAAUACAUGAUGCUAAUGUAUCCUGUAAUUGAAUACUAUUUCUAUUAUAUACUGUAAUAAAACAUCGUGAGAUUAGAAUGCAAUAGAAUUAAAAAAAAAUCCGUCUACUUUGGUAUUGUAUUAAUUAAUAUUAUGUUCAUGGGAAUAAGUACUAUAUAUCAGGGUUUUCAUCUUCUGUUCUUUCCUGGUGUUAAGAUUCUGUCAGUGUGCCCAGCGAGUGCGUAUGAAAACAAAAAUACAUUCUUUUGAUAGCUGAAGUUUUUUUAAAAACAAAAAAAAACAGGUGGUACAGCCUAUACCCUCAGUGGAGCACUGUAGGGGGUUCAUGCAAUGUUAAACACAAAUACACACACCAGGCAAGCUAUAAAAAAUAACAAUGAAAGAGCUGUCCAUGAGUGGUUCACUGGCAUUGCACCUCUUCCUGAGUUGUUUCAAAGCUGUUGUAUGCAGCAGACACAUACUCCAAGGAAACCAUGUAUAAAGUGGAAUUAUGAGGCAAAAUGUGAUUCUUUGUUGAGCUCAUUUGUAUACUCAUUUGUAAAAUAGGUGUUACGCUCACUUUGUUCAGAUCCUUAAAAUCAUUGCUCUGAGUGUAGCAGUUAUAGUACCAAUAUAAAGGGGAUGGCACAACCCCAAUGAAGAUUCUUGAGGCUUCAGAGGGCUUAUGAAGUGCUAUUAAAUUUAUUUAAGGAAAAAUGGUAUUAAAACAUAUAAAAUAAAUCAUUAAAUGAGCAAAUAGAAUAUAUACUUAUAUAAAGAAAAGUUCUGAAUAUAGCCAAAACACGUUUCACUACUCCUGGAGCUUCCUCUGUCAUCUGUGAUCUGAUACCAUGAAACUUCCAUAUUUUUAAAAAAUUUCGUCUAGGCCCUCCCUUUGGGUCACAUGUGUUGUCUGUUUGUCAAAGCAUGAUGUCCUAAUACCUCUUUCCCUUAAACUACAAUAUAUUCACCUGUUUCCCCAAAAUCAGAUUAGGUGGAUAUUUUUUCCACCGAUUUUGCUUAAUAUUUAAUUUGUGGUCAGUAAACGUGACAUUGCGGGAUAUCCUGCUCAUUACUACCUUCAAUGCACACGCACGGCCACAUCUCCCCCAAAUCCUUCUUCCUCUGUGACAUAGGAAAGGGGAGGUCCGGCUACAGUGUUGGCUGGGGUAGGCAGAAGACACGUCACCAAUACAUGGCGGGCCGCCCCCCAAGCACGUUGCAUAGCCGCAACCACCGAUUUCUUCCCUCUGUUAGUGUCCAAUCACAGAACGCUCUAAGGUCACGGUUGCCAUAUUAGUUAAGGAAAAAGGAAUGAAAGAGUAUUAAAUGGGUAUAAAAAUUUAUAAUAUAUAUAUAUAUAUAUAUAUAUAUAUAUAUGUACUUUAAUAGAAAAAAAUACUGUUUAUAUUACUUGGCUAAAAGCAAAUAUUAAUAAAAAAUGUGCAAACAAUUAGAAAAAAUGAUACAGUCAUUUAGAGUUAAGAAUUCUAUAUUAUGGCCAGGAAUUAAUGCAUUUUGCUUGGAUUAGCUAAGAUCUUUUAAAAGAUUUCUUCCAAAAAUCAAGGCCAUCGAUCCGGAAAGGCAUAUGAAAAGUUUACUUGAGUGAAGUAUGUUCUGGCGGCAAGUAUUCUGCUCUAGAGUUCUGAGUGAUUAGCAUCAUUAAAGGGACUCUCCAGUGCCAGGAAAACAAUCCGUUUUCCUGGCACGGCAGGUCCUCCCACCUCCCAUCCCCGGUUGCUGAGGGGGGGGAAAUCCCUUCAGUGACUAACCAGAGGCAGCGACAUGUCCCACGUCGCUGCUUCUUCCUCCGCUCAUGCUCCUCCCCUUCAUCACGCCGGCGGGGGAGACCUAAUGACCUGCUUUUCACUGCUUUCCUAUGGGGAUUUUAGCAACGCUGGAGGUCCUCACACAGCGCGAGGGCGUCCAGCGACGCUAUAGACCAGGAAGUGCCCUCUAGUGGCUGUCUAGAAGAAAUCUAGAAGACAGCCACUAGAGGAGUUAACCCUGCAAGGUAAUUUUUGCAGUUUAUAAAAAGUGCAAUUAUUACACUUUCAGGGUUAAGGGUAAUGGGAGUUGGCACCCAGACCACUCCAAUGGGCAGAAGUGGUCUAGGUGCCUGGAGUGUCCCUUUAACCUGUUUUGUUCAUGCAGGUAUGCCAGCCAUAUUUUUCUCAUGAUUCCCUGCAUGUGGAUUUGCAUUCAUAGACAACCUACAGGGAAUUAUGGGACAUUAAAUACUUGUAUUGUUUUUCAAAAUGGCAGUUUCAGAAGGAAUAUAAUUUGUACAUUCCAUUGCAUAUACUCAGAAGUUAGGCAUCAGCUGUAUUAUUGAAAGCAACCUGAAUCUUUGUUUGUCAUCCUUACAUUACAACUAAUGUAUUUGUAAUGACUAGGAAAUUAGGGCAUCUCUUUUGGGUAAGACAUCACUCACUGUUAUUGCUGUGUUAAAUAAAAUACAGGACUGUAUGUAUGUUAGUCAUAUAUGUGUAGGUAUGUAAUUUGUUUUCUUCUGUUUAUCUUUUUAUGAGUUAGGCAUAAGUUAGCAAUGCUGGAAAGCAGCACCAGUAUACAUUAAUAAAAUAAUAAAGAACUCUGCACACAGGAGCAUUUGCAAUGGCACACCAGUUGUACUUCACUUUGAAUAGGAUCUCAUAGAAAUAUAAGCCCUGUCACCAUUGAUUAACACAUAAACGAAACUUCGGACUCUCAGCGUGUUAACAUAUGUAUUCAGGACAGGUAUAUAAUGAGAAUACAACUAACAAAGUAUAAAUGUAACAUAUAUACGCACAGCCACUCUGUUACAUACUACCACUCUCUCUUAUUAAGACACACAAUCUCAUACAAACACAGCUAUUCUCACAUAACAUGACUGUCUGUAAACUUGUCAAAGCCUCAAUGUGGCUAGGGUUGUUGUAUAUUCAUCACUUAUCCAAGCUUGUCAAAUAUCCUGCUGCAUUGAAACAUUGCUGUUGUUUUGCUCUCAAUAAAGCUUCUAUUUUGGCUUUUAUCCUUGAGUGCCUCGAUCAAUAUUUACUUUCUCUAUCUGGAAGUGAGACCUAACCAUCCUCAGUCUUGAGCACCCUGGAGCACUCUUGAGCACCAGCCUGGAGAGUGCAGUAUCCAUUAUCUAUUCCACAUUGAUACAUAUACCAUAGACAAGAAUGAUCAUCUUCUGGUUGGUAUAGAUCCCACCUGGUCAUGGGCAGGGCUUACCUUUAGUUGCAGGCCGGCCUCUUCUUUGCAGCCUCAUCAACUUUAGAAAAAUGCAGUUUUUACUCACAAUUGUUUCCUGUGGCACCUUACUGCACAUUUGCAAGAUUAUCUGUGAAAGAGUCUGCGGGAUCCUCUUUUGUACUAUUGCACAUGCGCAAGAGACCAAUAAUGACAACUCCUGGAAGAUGAAAUUAUGACAGCACUGAAGGAGGACAGCUUUAAGGACCACUAUAGUGCCAGGAAAACAUACUCGUUUUCCUGGCACUAUAGUGCCCUGAGGGUGCCCCCACCCUCAGGGACCCCCUCCCGCCCGGCUCUGGAAAGGGGAAAGGGGUUAAAACUUACCUUUUUCCAGCGCUGGGCGGAAGCUCUCCUCCUCCGAUCCUCCUCUUCUCUUCCCGUCGGCUGAAUGCACACGCAGCGGCAAGAGCUGUGCGCAAGCAUUCAGUCCCGGAAAGCAUUCAUAAUGCUUUCCUAUGGACGCUGGCGUGCUCUCACUGUGAAAAUCACAGUGAGAAGCACGCAAGCGCCUCUAGUGGCUGUCAAUGAGACAGCCACUAGAGGAAUUAGGGGAAGGCUUAACCCAUUCAUAAACAUAGCAGUUUCUCUGAAACUGCUAUGUUUAUGAAAAAAUGGGUUAACCCUAGAAGGACCUGGCACCCAGACCACUUCAUUAAGCUGAAGUGGUCUGGGUGCCUAGAGUGGUCCUUUAAGGUAAGUAUGUUUCUUUAAGUGCUCCCAAGUCUGAGACCUCCACACAAGUGAACAUGUCGCUUUGUCAGGUCUUUGCACAAAAUGCAGAGGCCUGAAAAGUGACAGUUCCACUUUAAUUUUCUUUUCUUACAGUAUAUUAUUUAAUUCUUUAUCUGUACACAAAUAGGUUGACAAAUGCCUAUUUCUUCUGUUAAAUUUGCAUAGAAUACUUUUUUUUCGUCUUCUGUAAAUAAUUGUCUUUCAUUAAUGUGAUUUUAUUUUCCAAUAUAGAGGAAUUCAAAUGAUAUGUUAAAUCUCAAAGUUUUCACUACCUCUAUCACCAUUGGUGAGUGAAAAUUGAGUGUGCUAGUGUUAGAUUACCCAUGAUUAAACAUACUCUGUGUCACUGCUGUGUGACCCAACAGAAACUGUGGCUGUUAGUGGUAUAAGAAACCCAGCACAGUGUGUAUAUGUGCUAGGGAUGAAGCCCCUACCAACCACAUGGAGAGAUGAUUAAUAACAUCUGCCAGUGUGGUUAAAAUCAAAUGUGUGAACCUAAGUCCCUUUGUGAAGAAACAUAUUACAUAAAAUACCAUUUCAGUAUUUCAAUAUUCUGUUUUAAAUCUUUAUUAGUAAUCCAAAAUGUGUAUAUGUUUGCUUGUCUUGAAAGAGGUUUGCAUGUUAUAGGCUAACUAUAAGGCUUACCCUGGUCUCAUAAAAAGUGUGUGGUAGGCAACUUUGCCCUUGUGUUGACAUAUAGUUGUUAUGUCAGAGUAUAACAUAAAUGUUGGUGCCCCAUCAAUAGCUUUAUCACUGGGUAGAAGUAUAAAAUUCCUGGUCCUGUAACCAGGGCCAGCCUUAUGCCUUUAGGCCCCUGUGUGAAAAAUCUUUACAGCGCCCUCCUGGUCAUACCACUUCAUCCAUGUAUAGUGUGUGUCAAUAGGUGUAGUGUUUGUACAUGGGAUUUAUUAAAUUAAUAAUUAUUUAAAAACAAAAAUUAAUUUCCGCUUCCCUGUUGUUACCUUGCAUGGAGUGGGGGAUGCUGAUCUCAGGUGGUCCAGUGUGCUGGCAAUCUGGUCGGCACCUCCACCAGGUGCAGACCAUAAGUAACUGUCUUGUGAGCUCUGGCAUUUACAGUGUCAGAGCUUUCCUGUGGUAAUCCGCGGCAACAUUCUGAUUGGCCGGAGCUUGGAAGACAGCUACAUAUUGUAUUUUGUAUGACAGAGCUCCGCUGUUAUAAAUUUCAUAACAAUAUGAUGUAAUGGUGUUUGUGUGGUGUCUGUGUGUGUGUGAUAGGCAUGAAUGAUGGCUGUGUGUGAUAUGUUUGUUGUCUGUAUGUAAUAAUUGUAGUGAUUAUAUUGACUUCGUGUGAUAUAUGUAUUGGAUCAGUGUGAUAUUUGUGCAGGGUUUAUUAUCUUUGUGUGAUGGGUAUUUCAUUCAGAUAAAAAUAUGUAUGUAGGCCCAUAUGUAUGUGUGGAGGUGUGUAUUUUUGCAGAGUCACAUACACAAUUUAAAGGUAGCUACCCACACAAAGUUACAGUCAGUCAGUGAUACACGUAUUGGCAGUCGCACACAGUCACAGGCAGACAGUCGUAAACACACUGCUACAGACAGUUGUACACACACUGUUACAGGCAAAAAGUCACACAUACAUUUGCAAGCAGUAGCAAACACAGUUUCAGGGAGACACACACAGUAACAGACAGACUGUUACCUCUUUACAUUAUGGGCUGAGGGGGAAGCAGGGUAGUGUGGAGGUUGGUAUGGGAUGAGGGGACACAGUAGUUGUAGGUGGGGGAGCAGAGGUAGUUUAGUAGUAGGUGGGGUUGCAGAGGUAGUGUAGUAGUAGGUGGGGGAGCAGGGGUAGUGGUAGGUGGGGGAGCAGGGGCAGCGCGGUCAGCAGUAUAGGAGUGCUUUGAGCACCCCUCACACCUGUCACUAGGGGCAUGUGUGAGCUGUGUCGGUUGCAUGGCCCCUGUACUGCCAUGACCGCCCUGUGUGACCACACAGCUCACACACCCCUAAGGCCUGCCCUGCCGGUAACUAAUGCUUGACUACUGUAAAAGCAACUAUAAUGUGCGUAAAACACCUACAAUAUCCCUUGCAUCCGUUGAGACACAAGGUCACAUUGUAUAAAGCUAUCCAAAAGCUAAUCAAAUAAGGAUAUAGAUGGAUGAGACCAAUUACAAUUGAAUUGUUCUUUAAAUGCACAGUUCCAAGAAAAAGACACAUAUAUAUAAACAAUUUGUUUAAACUUCGGUCGUGUGAACUUCAUAUGUGUUUUGACAAGGUUAUAGUGGUCUGUAUUUGCAAACCACUAAUCUUCAUGGUUUUAGCAGUUUUUGUUUGCGUGCUCUAAGAGGAUUUUCUAGUGCACAUCCUACACAAAGUGGAAAUGGCAUUUUAAGACUCUGACUCCAUUUAACUUCUCUCAUCCUGGAUUCCUCCUUUUGUGGUUGUGCAUUUGCAUGUUAGUGACAGUUCAAAAUAUCCUAGGCUGCAUUGGAACAAAAUAUACAUAGAUACUAAUUUACCCACAAAAGUUUAAAAAAAACAGACCAAAAACCCUAUGAACCCAUGUUACUUUUUUCCAUCAAAAAUAAAAAUGUAUUUUGUGUUUGAUAUACCAUCUAAAGUUAGAAGAUCACCCUUUUCUGUUGUCAGUAUUUGUUGCUUGCUCAUUGUUGAAUUGGGGUUAUCACCAGGUAACUGCCUGUUGCUUCCCUUAUAAAUGGUUUUCUGUUCCCUUCAUAAAUGAUUUCUGACCAAGCCGGUACAGAUAAAUCAUAUGCUAUGUAGAUUUGCUGCAUUCAUCAAUACUACCUAUGUGUCAAGAGAUAAAGGAGCUAAACAACGAAGAAGUAACUGGACCGGUUGUCUGACAGCCAGAGAGGUGUAACAAGGCUCCUGUAUAAAAGUGACCGUUUCUAUUGAAAUCCACUCUUUUUGAAAAUGGAAAAAGGAGGACACACUCGUCACAAAUAAAGCACUUUAGAAAGCUAAAGUGCUUUGUGUUUAGAGUGUUCUUUUUACCAAGCAGUAUAGGCUUUUAACCCCUUAAGGACACAUGACAUGUGUGACAUGUCAUGAUUACCUUUUUAUUCCAGAAGUUUGGUCCUUAAGGGGUUAAAGGACCACUAUAGUGCCAGGAAAACAUACCCUCAGGGACCCCCUCCUGCUCGGCUCUGGGGAGAGGAAAGGGGUAAAAACGUACCUUUCUCCAGUGCCGGGCGGGGAGCUCUCCUCCUCCGAUCCUCCUCCUCUCCUCCCAUUCGGCUGAAUGUGCAUGCGUGGCAAGAGCUGCGCGCGCAUUCAGCCGGUCUCAUAGGAAAGCAUUUACAAUGCUUUCCUAUGGACGCUUGCGUGCUCUCACUGUGAUUUUCACAGUGAAAAUCACGCUAGCGCCUCUAGCGGCUGUCAAUGAGACAGCCACUAGAGGCUUUGGAGGAAGGAUUAACCCAUUUGUAAACAUAGCAGUUUCUCUGAAACUGCUAUGUUUAUAAAAAAAAUGGGUCAACCCUAGCUGGACCUGGCACCCAGACCACUUCAUUAAGCUGAAGUGGUCUGGGUGCCUAGAGUGGUCCUUUAACAAUAUAGGAGAGUGUGGUUUGAUUUUUGGAUCAGUACUUUAUAUAGAACAGAAUUAUUCACAGCGUUUUUCUUACUUGCAUUUUCCCUGGAUACAUCAGCUGUCGGUAAGAAAGGAGUUCUAAAAUGUACUCUAUAUAUCAGCUGGAUUCAGCAUUGAAUGGAAUCCAGCUAGUUUAGGAUGUUUUGAGACUACAUGGCAUUUUUCUUGAUAAAACCACAUAGACCAAUAAAGAUAUGUAAUCUAAAUCAGAUUUGCGUUGAUUGCUUUUGGGUAGGUGUUGGGGUGUUUUCCUGGGGUGUUUUGGGGAUUGAUGCAACCAUGAAAGAAAAUCUGACUUCGUAUUUAAACAUGGUAGUCCUAACCUGUUUUUCCACUACAUGAAACAAUGAAUUAACCAAGCAAGAACCUAUCAUGUUCGGUUUUCCUUGCUUUUUUUUUUUUUUUUUAUUCCCUCCAGCCCUUUAUUUUUUGAGUGUAACACAAGUUUUGAAUACCCACGUGUAAUCUGUGUAGUCCUUGUGUUUACAAAUAUCUGUUGUUUUGAUGUAUUUUAAUAGCAUGUUUCAUGGCAGGCAUGGGAAAUCUGUGGUGAUCCCAAGAUUAUAGCGUUAAGGCAUCAAGAUUGAUGAGUAUCAUGGGUGUCGUGAUUCUCCUGCAGCUGAAUAGUAACAGUUUGCCCAUGCCUGUUCUAGAGCGUAGCAGCUAAAUUCUGGAUCCUCUGUGUCAUUACGCUUAAUUUAGACAGUAGAUAUACGUUUCUCAGCAAAUGUCCAUCUAUGUGUUUGUGGUUAGUUAUAUGGAGGCUAUUAUCCUGCUCACAUACCCAAGGUCUUUUCACGAUAUUCCAUCAUACCAUCUUACAUACUUUGAAGAUUUGCCAUUGCUACUAUCCUGGCAUCACGUUCUGCUUUGCUUUGCGCUCUAAGCAUGCACUCUGCAGAUAGCGGCAGGAUAGUUAUUGUGUUAACAGCUGUUGCAAACUUACUUUUAUCUGGCUAGUACUUAAACAUUUAAUGUGCUGCAGUUAAAGCAUUACAGCUUUUAAAUAUAUAAUAAUGCAAUUCAUGUGAAUAUUAAGAACCUGCAGAAACGCUUUUGCUUGGAUACAGAGGAAGUGAGUGUAACAUUUAACUUAACUUAAUAGCAACAUACACAUAGUUGCUUCUGUUGUUUUUUUUGUAGUUGUAAAACUCUUGAUACAAACGGGAUACUAUAAGUACCAAAACAACCUUUGUUUAUUCUAGUCAUUUUAUGUAUAGAUCUUGCCCCUGCAAUCUAAAAUCUCUGUCAUUUAGUAGUUAAUUCACUUUAUUUAUACAGCCAUGUAAAGAGAGAUAUGUUUAAACUUUUUUUUACCUCACAUGGUAUUUAAUUUAGAGUUUUUUUUUAAUUUUUUUUAUUUCUUGCUCUGUUAAUUGCCUGUAAGCACCUGCAGGAGCCUGCUGAGUGUGGUUUAAAGUUCAAGUAACAGAGCUGUAUGUACAAACUUCUAUAAUAUAUCAGAUGUGUUGUUACUUCUGAUUGGAAAUGAAACCUUUUUUUUCAUGUAGCAUGUGGGAGGUGUAGCUACAGCUGCCUAAACAGAAGCAAAAGUGAUUUAAUUCCUAAAUGGCAGAGAAUUGAGCAGUGAGACUGUGGGGGCAAGCUCAUAUACCAAAUUCGCUUCAUUUAGUUAAAGUUGUACUGGUGCUUAGUGUCCCUUUAAAAAAGAUUAAAAGUCAUCUAAUGUUCAUUUCUUUAUUUUAGAUACUAUCACUCUUCUGUUAAGUGCAGCACUCACCAGUCUGUUUCCAUUUUGACCCUAGGCAUUUCUGUCUUCUCAUUUGUGUUUAGCUUGCCCCUUUUAUUUUAUUUGAUUCCCAAUCACGUUUUUGUCUUCCACCUUCACCCCUUCUUUCUCUCUCUAUGAACUCAUGGCAGGGUUUGCUUGGUGAACUCAUUCUAUUACAAGAGCAGAUAAAGCAGCACGAAGAAGAGGCACGCAGGGCGACCGGGAACAUUAACACAGGCACCUCACAGCAAAAGCGCAAGGUGAAGCUUCAUAGGACGCUGCAUGCAAUGAAUCUAAAAACCUGAGUGUCAGAAUGCUGGGUAUUCAAACAAAAAGAUCUAACCUUGUUUGAUCAGUCCUAGUCUGAUAAAUAAUCUAUCCUCUUUCCAAGCAUGAAUACUUUAAUUUUCAUUUAUAGCCACUACUGGAUUGAAAGUGCUUUAUAAACAUGAUUUGAUACACUUUAAUUGUGAUUUCUCCCUUUAGUCUAUUGUAGCAGGUUUUCUCUGUCACAUGUAUAAAUUUACUUCAUUUUUAACAGGGAUACAACUUGUGUAUGUGGUAUUAGCGUGGCAGCCAUUCUUCAACUUUAUCAUUAAGCAUAUUAAAAUAAUUUCUUAAUUUUAAUAGACAUUUUCCGGUGUCAAAUAGGUCUCUGUUGUACUGAGAAAGGAAUUGCCACUACAGUAAACAACUUAUUGCUGGGAGAUACCUGGUUUUGGUCCACAUAUCAUGUGCCGUCUUCAUUUUAAAUGGUAUCUAAUAGUGAUGUCCCGAACGGUUCGCUGCGGACGGCGAACAUAUGCGGUAAACUUUGACACUGUACCUCACAGUCAGCAGACACAUUCCAGCCAAUCAGCAGCAGACCCUCCCACCUCCUGGACAGCAUCCAUUUUACAUUCAUUGUGAAGCUGCAUUCUUAGUGAGCUGUCCAGGUGGUGGGAGGGUCUGGGAGGGAGGGUCUGCCGCUGAUUGGCUGGAAUGUGUCUGCUGACUGUGAGGUACAGGGUCAAAGUUUACCGCAUAUGUUCGCCCGUCCGCGGCAAACCGUUCGGGACAUCACUAGUAUCUAAUGUUAGCUAUUCCAAAACAGACAAGCUGGAAAAAUUUACGGAGUUGAUCAUCUUUCCACUUGUGCUAUUUUGGCCUACAUUUUCCAAUUCCAUUUAUAAUCUUUAUAACCUCAUUAGUCAUUGUGAAAGAAAGCAUGUUUGUGCCUCCACAUAUGUGCUUCCUAGUGAAUAGUAAGAUCCAAAAGACAUUUUAUCUGUAAUUCUUAAGGGACAUGGAAUGCAAUUUGUGCAUGUUAGAAAUGUUUCCAUUUUCUCCCCAAAAAAUAAUGGUGGAACAUAGUGUGCAUCGUAACACCUACCUUAUUGUAGAAUUUAUGGUGGCCAUAGUCUUUGGAUAGAGUCCCUCUGAUUAUUGUGCAAGUAAGUAGUCAUUCAAAACAUGUAUAAACUAAUUUGUUGAUGAUUAAUGGUACACUCCAUGCGUCUUAACCCUUACAACACGCUGCAGUAGUUAAGGUGUUAGGAUAUCCCAGGUGCUCUCCAAUUGUAAGUAGUCAAACCGUUUCUGAAUUGUUUAACUUCUUACCUGGGGUUCAUCGUGAGCCACACCCUGCUGUCACUACUUCAUACAAAGAGCCAGAAGUUCUCUGUCUGAGCUAAGCCAGCUGUGCAGCGACAGGUAAGAAGUCAAAAUGUUUUAAAACUAAAUACUUAGCAUGGUUGCGACAGGGCACUCCUUGCAUCAUAACCACUACAGCACAAUAAGAUGUUACUGUUCCAACCUUUGGGGACCUACUGAAGUGGCUUAAGGACCUCAUUUAAUUUCUGUCCCAGAGGAUAAUGGAACACUCCAAACCUCUAAAGGCUUUAGCGUUUAAAACCAUGUCCCCUCACUAUUUAACAAGUGCGGAUUUCAAGAGAUAUUUGGCACUUUAUAAAAUGUCUAAUACACCCUCCCAGCUAUCAGUCGGGUAGCCAGUAAGGUGCUCUUCCUGAUUGAUCCAAACAAUGCUCAUCGCAGAGAAGCAUUGGAUUUAAUGCCUCUUUAUUAGAAGCAUUGCAAGCGAAGCUAACAAAAGACUGUGUAUGUGCCCUGCAUCCCAAUGCUUUUAUAUUAGAAGCAUUUGUUUGGCUUGGAGAUCAUCAGUACAAAAAAUAUCCUGCCAGGUAGAUGAGAGCUGCGCUGGAUUCUAGACUGCGUUAAUAUGUUUAUUUAGGGGAGCAAGGAAGCCCAGGAAACACCCCAACACUCCAGCAUUAUAUAUAUAUAUAUAUAUAUAUAUAUAUAUAUAUAUAUAUAUAUAUAUAUAUAUAUAUAUAUAUAUAUAUAUAUAUAUAUAUAUAUAUAUAUAAAAGUAUUUAUUUAUAGAGCUGAAGUGUUCCUUUAAGAAACACUGGUCUAUUGCAAUGUGUAGAGCUUUAAAAUUCUGCACAAAGUUUGAAUUCUUAUUUAUUUCUAAAUAACAAUCAUGGGCCAAAGUCCUAAAACUAGAGCAGUAGGAACAUUUCACUGGUUUCUACUUUUAGAACUUUGAAUUGUCCUUGGAACAAAAAGCCUCAUGUGUUUUCCUGACAACCACACUUUGAAUGCAGCUAAUGUCUGUUGUGGGAUCUUAGGGGCUUUCACUUUUAAAGCUGGGAGCUGUUAGAGCACAUAUAUGUUUGCUGCUGAGAUGAUGUUGGUCAUGUAAAUUAUUUAAAUCUUCACACAGCACAUACUGAAAGUCUCUUCCAUAUCUCUGCCCAUACUCCUCCUUUUUUUAUUCUCUCGCUUUCAUACCUGUUUUUCUAUCAAAUUCCCUUCCUUUUUACUUUCCAUUGUUCCUCAUAUUUUGUUUUACAUCAUUUCUAACAUUUGUCACAUGUUAAUAUCUCCUGUUGGACAGUGUUAGCUGUAAUUGCAGCCGCUUACCCCCGAAUAUAUCCUGCAUUGUAUUAUGUGAUUUGAAUGCAUAUUGACCUGCAUGGAUUGCGCGCAUGCUGACACUGAGUGUCCCUGGUGGUACCAGUGCCAUGAAUUCACCAUUGCUGCUUUAGAGGAUCUCUUCAAGGAAAUAAGAAUACAAACCUGCAUUUCUAAUGCUAUAGUGUCCCUGCCCCUACUCCUUUCCAGAUCCCCCCAGGCAAUAAAAAAUAUAAAAAUAAAAUCCAGUGCUGAGGCUUCUUUGGUACUGCUUAGACCUUUUCCCCUUGCAAUAUCAUGGUAUCAUAGAGGAGCGUAGGGGACCUAAAAUGGGUGACCAGUGCCACACGCGCAUUCAAAAUUCCCUAUAGGAGAGCAUUGAGUCAAUGCUUUAUUAUGGGGCUUACACAUCACGUAAUCCUACAGUUAAUAUGUGGUCAUCUGGGUAGAUGAGAAAUUGAGAUUUGUCAAUAGAGCAGCUAGUCAUUGCACUAAUUGUAAUAGUUAACUCUAGGAGAGGAUAGAAUGUAUGUUGUGUACAGAUUAAAGAUAUGGUGAUAUAAUACUUAAUAAGUCCUGAUGUUCUGGAUAUAAUGCAUAGUGAAUGUGCAAUGGUGCUGCCACCACAGGGGGCAGUUUGGUAUUGGAACAUGUAAUUGUGAAUGCUAGAAAGUUGUGGAUUAAAGAGAUUGUUGUACACAGAAGGCAGGAUUUUAGAAAGUAGGUGCAGGGCAGUGGGGUGGAUGUUAUUUGAUAGUUGUUUUUUAAUUGGACUGUGAACAUGUACGUUUUCUUUGUUUCUAUGGGGAAAGAACAAGUAUUCACGUUUUGCGGGGUGCUUGAUUAUUUUGAUUGGAUUCAUUAUUAAGCUUAGUUAACAUUGGGGUAUUAUCUUUCAGAGAUGCCCAGUGCUAUUAUUUAUUUUAAUCCUCGCUACUUGUCUUCUGUCAGUUUAUUUGUAAAUACUACAAUCUACAUUGAUAAAUAAAGGGUAAUUACUAAGUAGGACAGGAGAAAUGUUGUAAUUCAUAGGGGUCAUAGGGGAAAGUUCAGCAGAUCAAGUACAGUGUUCUUGUGAUGGUAUGUGAUUUAUCACACUGGACUAGGUGCUGGAAGUUAGGACAUAACAUAUUUUUUUUCAUCCUUUAUCAGUAUUGUUUGUUUGUUGUGUUUUUUUUGUUGUUGUUUUUUUGGGUGGGGGAAGGGGGGUUGCAUGGUAUGUUUGGGAAAGAGAAAAUCACAUAAGUGGGCAGCAGCUCAUUGUACGUUAGUGGGAAAGGAUCCUGUAAAAGCAUUGAGGCAUGCAUUUCCUUUAUAUAAUAAUAAAAAGGCACAUUAGUACACUGGAAUACAAUAAUGUCUGAGAGGAACAUUUGUAGAAAGUUAAAGAAUUCGCAAACAGUGGGCAGUGUGUGCUUGUGAUGGGGACCACAUUCCAUACACCUCAGCAAUAUAUGUGGGAAAGCAUACUUAGAUGAGGUAGUCAAGAAUAUUUUAAGUAGCUGUGAGAUUAGUAAAUGUAUAUUCUUAAAUAUAUAAUUUUAGGAGUAAAGCUUUGUAGUUUGUGUUUUUAUCAAUGUGAGGUCCAUAAUAUAAACUGUAAAGUGGAGAGAACGUGAAAUGCUACAAUCAAAGGCAAGUCUGUGUGAAGUUCAGUAUUAUGGUAUUAUAACCAAGCAAAGAUCUUCUCUUAAAAUGAUAAAUGAUUGUGUGGUAGGCGGAUUAUAUAUGUUAAUGUUGAUUUUUCAAAUGAAGGUGGGGUAAAAUAGGUUUGGAGAUAUCAUGGAACAUUCUAAACCUUGCCUUAUCUGAUUCCACCAUGCAGUGACCAUGUGGGAACGGAAUUCUCUUGGUGGAUCCUAUUAUGGCUUUGAUUAUAAAUUAUAUUAAUAAAGUAUUUUACACAUUGAUAGGCAAAUAGGGUUCAUUAUCUCUUUCUAUUCAAGGUCUCUGACAAAGAAAAGGUUGACCAACUACAAGAGGAGCUCCUGAAAACUCAAGUAUGUAUCAUUCACAGUUCAGCCAUUUAUUGCUACAAUAGCUAUUCCUUCUAAAGCUACAAUUACUAGUGGUAGGUUUUACACAACACUAAUAAAGGUUAUAUAUUAAGGGACACUAUAGUCACAAGAACAACUACAGCUUAUUGUAUUUGUUCUGCUGGGUACAAUCAUUCCCUUCAGGCUUUUUACUGUCUUUUCAGAGAAAAUGCAAUGUUUACAAUACAGCAGUAGUGUAGCUAGAGCUUUUGCCGCCCCUAUCUCGACCCACAUCAUGUACAAUGCAGUCGCAGAUGUCCGUGGCUGCACCAGACAUACCUCUUUUAAGUACCCAACAAAGUUUACAACCGUAACAAGCUUUUUUAAAGAUAUGCAUGCAAUUCAUUGGGGGCAUAUCAUCUAAACAGUGAUUUUAUGGGGGGUGGGGGUUUGCCUAUUUGAGGAUCUGUACAGGGGAGGGAGAUGGGGCUAUCAAGGAGGUAGUGGGAGAGAUGAUCUGUGCAGGGAUGUGGGCUGUGCAGGCAAGGAGGGGAUCUGUGCAGGGGAGGGGGACUGUUAGGUAGGCAGCGGGAGAGGAGAUCUGUGCAGGGGAGGUAGGGGGACUGUCAGGGAGGCAGUGGGAGAGGGGAUCUGCGCAGGGGGUGGAUAUGUACAGGGGAGAGAGGGGGGCUGUCGGAGGGGGCUGUGCAGGGAAGAGCAUACAUGAUGUUUCUGCCAGGCUGCUCUUCCUCUUCACUCCGCAGGACAGGAGGCACUGGAAGUGAUUUCACUUCACAUCCUACUGCCCCGCCUCUCCCCUCACUCACUGCACUGCUCGGAGGAGACCUGGCAAGCAGAGCAGGAUCGCUGUCAGGUCUCACUCAGAGGGUGGGGGGAGGGACCUUGCCGCCCCCAAAAAAGUGCCACCUGGGACGGAGAGCCAACCACCCCUUGCUACUUGCUACGCCACUGCAAUACAGUCUAGUGAUAACUCCACUGGCCACUCCAUAGAUGGCUGCUGGAGGUGCUUCCUGGGGAACCUGCCUAGUGUGCAGUACUGCCAUUCAGUGUCUCUACCCUCUGCAUGAACUUUUCUCAUAAAGAUGCAUUGAUUCAAUUCAUCUCUAUGAGGAGAUGCUGAUUGACCAGUGCUGUGUUGGCUCUGCCCUUGAUCUGCCUCCUUGACAGUCUCAACCAAGCUUAUGGGGAAGCAUUGGGAUUGGCUCAGACCACCACUUCUGAUUGUCAGCAGACAGAGGCAGUUCACAGGCAAACAGGGUCAGAGCCAGGAGCUGCAGACUUCAAUACAAGUAAGAUUUUACUAUAUUUAGGGGGCUAGAUGGUGGUUUUAACACUAUAGGGUCAGGAAUAUAUGUUUGUGUUCCUGACCCUAUAGUGCUCCUUUUAAAUAUAGUGUGAAUUGUUAGGAAUUCUAAGUUAUUUUCAGAUUUUAGACCAAAAUAACUGAAUUAAAAACAGAGACAUAUUGAAGAGUUUUUCCAAUUGGGCUAUUUAUUAGUACUAGCAUUUAUAAAGAGCAAUCAUAUUCCACAGCACUGUACAUUUUACACAGACUAAUUUAAAAGGAAGAGGGCCUUGCCCAAGAGUUGAGUUCUUGCCACAGAACAUCACCCUUUAGUAAAUAACCCAUAUGCGUGAUGCAUAUUUCCAUAGUCACUAAUACUCUAGACUAGAGAACAUUAAUGGCUUUGGCACUACAGAUGUUUGUGAACUACAUUUCCGUUGAUGCUUUUCACCUUAAAAGCACUCAAAUUUAGUUCAAAAACCUCAACGGUGCUAAUGUUUGUCUACACUGUUUUAGAGAGACUAAAGUCUGCCAGAGCACUAGGGGGGAAUGAGGGGGAAGGAAUAUAGUUCACAUGUAUCUGCAAUAUCAGAAUUUGCCUUUACUGAAUGUGAGACAAAAAUCAUUGUUUAUAUUUUUAGCUAAAAUACCAGCGAAUUCUUGAGCGGCUAGAGAAAGAAAACAAAGAUUUGAGGAAAAUAGUACUCGAAAAGGAUGACAAGGGAAUUCAUCAGCGGAAGAUGAAGGUGAUGUGAUAAAAUCGUGAUGACAUUCUCACCAGUAGGAUUAUAGUUAAAUCUUUUUUUCCCCCAUUUAAAGGGAUACUAUAGGCAUCAAAACAACUUAAUUUUAAUGGAGUGGUUUUGGUGUAUAGAUCAUGCCCUUGCUUUCUCAUUGCUUAAUCCUCUGCCAUUUAGGAGUUACAUUAAUUAGCUGAAAUACAUUUUGGUACCAUGACAGUCUAACCCUGCUAUAUUAGGCUCAGCACCGAGUGAGUGGCACUUAUUUCCAUUGUGUUAUUGUAUAAAUAUUGCUAUGUAUUGCACCAUGAUAUGUGUUUAUGCUUAACUUUUUAGAAGUGGGAUUCUUUUGUAACAUAAGUGUGGUAAUAUUUUAAAUUUAUAUAAUAUUUUAUUAUUGUUGGAGUGGUUGUGCGCUAUCACCAAUUUUUAUGUUUUGGGAAUUAAUUGAAAAUAAUUGGAUAGCAUAAUUUUUUGUUUAUAUAUACAGUGGGACCUCGGUUUACAAAUGCCUCAGUUAACAUAAUUUUCAGUUUACAAAUGAAAAUCCAUUGAAAAUAAUACCUCGGUUUACAAUUUUUUUUUCACAAUACAAACAACGUUUCCCAAGGAUGCAGUGCACCUGGGUGGUUUAUAGCACCGCCCCCUGCAUGCUGGAGCCUGUGGGUAGCACGUGGCAUUGAGUGUGGGGGUGUUGGAGAGGCUUUUGCAUCGAGUUUUGGAGCCAUUCUGGAAAUUGUUUGCAGUUGUUUUUGGACUUUUUGGUGCAUUUCUCAAGCUGUGGAGGUAGGGAGCUGUGCUUCGUCGUUUGAAUGCCUUUUAUUGUAUGUUCUGCAUUGUGGGUUGGUUUCCAUGCCAGCUCUUUUUUUCUGACCUCCAGAACGGAUUAAUUGGUUUUCAAUGCAUUCCUAUGGGAAACCGUGUUUCGGUUUACAAAUGUUUUGCUAUAAGAAACGUACCGGAGAACGCAUUAAAUUCGUAAACCAAGGUCCCACUGUAUAUGCAUAAUGCAAUUUUUUUCAUAAGAUUAUAUGGUAAAACUAAUGACUGUAAUCUUUUUGUGUGUCUUGAGAGAAGCACAGCAUGCAGCAUUGAAAUUACCUUAAUGCAGUCUUAACCAACACUAUCCGAUAUUUUCCGAUAUUAUCUUCUAGAAAUCCUUGAUUGAUAUGUAUUCAGAAGUUUUGGAUAUAUUGUCUGACUAUGAUGCAAACUACAACACUCAGGACCAUUUACCAAGGGUAUGUAUCUAAAUCAGUAUGGGCAGCAAAGUGUAAUUAAAUGCAGAAAUGUACACAAGUGUGUUAACCUAGAAGCCUGGAACUGUAAACUGCAGUCUUGGCCUUUUUUUUCCAGUCAUUGUUAUAAAAACAGCUGUUGCACCUGUCAGUCAGCAUAGAGAGAGGGCGUGAAACAGAAAGGGAAGAUUUCUUAAUGUGUUGUUUUAGUAUGAGAAAUGGUUCAAAGUGCUAAAAGUGGGGCAAUUGCCAUGGAAACCAGUGAGAUCACCUAGUGCAUUCUAUUGUUGAUGCUGCUUCUUUUACAAUUCACAUCACUUUACGGGAAAGGACACAUUGUUAAAUCUCACCCAGUGUAUCUUUUUCUAUUCCUCCUAUGCAUGUGUGCCUUGACCCUGGCUGGACUGAACUGGAUUGUUAAAGACUGCUAAAUCUUGAAAAUAUAUUUAAAAGAAAACAGAGCACAACACAAAAAAAGGUUAAUACAAUUUAUAGAAGAUUGUUAAAGGAACAUUAAAACUGUAGGAACGUGUGUUCCCAACGGUUGAGUGUCCCUGUCCUUAGUUGUUGUGAGCUACCUUUUUUUUGUUUUUAAAUUAAAAUUUUAAUCACCUUUUUCUAUUGCCGAGAUACUGUGUUCCCCCCCACCUUCAGAGACAUUAUGGAAGUGGCAUGGCCUCUUCCGCCGAUGUCCAAUGCAGUGCUACUCAUAGAGGAGCAUUGGGGACCUAAUACACAUGCGUGGUGAGUGCUGUGCGGACAUUUAAAACUCCCCACAGGAAAGUAUUGAAUCAAUGCUUUCCUAUGAGGGCUUCUGCGUCUGUGUCGCAGAAUCAUCUCUAGUGCUGUCAACAUGACAGCCGCUAGAGGAGGAUUUAACCCUACAAUGUAAAUUUGCAUUGCAGAAUUAAAUGGAUCUUACCACUGCACCCAGGAAAUUUCAUUGAGAUGAAGUGGCCUAGGUGACUUCAAUGGUUCUUUAAUAUUUUAUAAGUUGUGUAAUUUCCAAAGAAGUGACAGUUUUUUCCCCUUUAGAAAACUCAUGGCAAGUUGCUAAAAUAAAUAAAUAUGCAUGGCCGAAAUAUGAUGCCAUAUUCUUAGCUUCCACUAGAGGUCACUGCAUUAUAUAACAUUUUGAAGUUUUGCUUGUUACUUUUUGGUACAUGGUGUAAUUUUGUACAUCUAUACAAUGAAAAAUGCUCAAAUCCUUAUAUACCAUCAGUAAACCAAUGAACAAUCAAAUAUCAUUCAGAAAUUUGCUAUAUUGCACACACUAGACAGAAAAGUAAACUUUCAAAUCCAGUGGAUCCAAUGGAUCAAUUAAUCAAAAGCUUGAUACAGUAUAGAGUAUUCUUUUUAUAUUUUCGACUAUAUCCGUAAUCAACCCAUUUUUGUAAUGUAUUUUUUAGACAGAAAAUGUGUUCCAACACUAAAACAGAAAUGUAUAUUUAUUUUCCCCAAUAAGUAAAUCAUCAACCUGUAUAUCAUUCUAUUUGCUAAAAUAGGCUUUCAAAAUUGUAAACCUGUAGUUAUUGAUACAGCUUUAAUUACUAGCAAAAGAAAAUUAAAUGAGGUCCUCCCAUUACCUUCAAGGCCAAGGAGUGCCAACUGAAAGCCUCUGGGGCAUACACAUAUAAAUGUCAGUUGGUCUUUCUGUCAGUUGGUUGAGUUUUAGUGCUUACUUUUCUUCACCAUUGUUUACCCUUCAUUCAGAGGGUGUGUGUUAUUUUUUUAGGUAGCCCUAAACUCAUAAAUAAUUUGUGAGGCCAAGAUCUUAAGGACCACCUGGACACCUUAUUCAACUACUUCCAUAUAUUAGCAUUAGUGAAUGGGAGGUAUAGGCCACAGGCAGUGAGCUUUCCCUGGCCAGUAUAUUAAAGGGAGCUUUGUAAAAACCAUAACCGAUAUAAACACUAUAUCUGCCGAACCAUAACCACUACAAACACUACGUCUGCCUCCUCAGUGUCAAGCCAUUUGCCAAAAAAAAUUAAACAUUGUGGUUUCUCUAAAAGGGUUAAAAUGACAAGGCCACUGCACCCAGACCACUUCAUUGAUAUGAAGUGGUCUGGGUGACUAUCAUGUCCCUUUAACCCCUUAAGGACUAAACUUCUGGAAUAAAAGGGAAUCAUGACAUGUCACACAUGUCAUGUGUCCUUAAGGGGUUAAGGAAGUAUUGAUUUAGAAAGCAUGCUACAUUUUCUAGGAUUUAUAUGCAUCUUAAUUAGAAUUUAGAUUCUUGUUCAAACUUGGAAAAUUAUCUUUAAAAAAGUUCUCAUUUAAAUAUAGCACUUUUUUUAAAGGAACACCCCAAUGGAAAAAAAAUAUAUAUUUUUUAAACAAUUUAGUAUAUAUAUCCCCAAUGAAAACGUGCAUGCAUUUAAUACUUCUUUUUUUUCAUUGGGGAUAUAUCUAAAAACGGCUUGCAAAUGUUGCAGAUCGCAUGUCUUCAGCCUUUACAAGCCCUCAGACCUUCUGUGGCUGUCCAAUCACAGACUUCCCAAUGCAGCUCAAUGAGAACUCUUUGCAAGGCAAGUCUUCUGAGCAAUCAUCUGUUUAUUGGGUUUAUCUCUACCAAGUUAACCAAACCAGGAAGUACCAGGUUUGUCUUUGUCAUUUAUAAAUUAACAAUGUUAAUUUAUAAAUGAAUUACUAUUGAAAUCUGCACUUUCUGUAAAAUGAAAAAAGAAAACACUCUCUUCACACUUCAGCAAGCUGUUUUCAAAGAUAUUAACCAUUGCAAUGCAGUCAUUAUAGGAUAGGUCUUACCCCAAGUAAAUACAGUUAAAUGUUUUUAAAGCUUUGUCCUAAGUUUGAUUCUGUCACAUUUCAUGCUUAUAUCUAGAAUUGACUAAGCCUCAUCAAUCAUUAUUUUGAAAAACAUUGUUGUCUCAAGGAAGCAUGAAAUGUAAACAUAAAGUUGCAACAUUUAGGUUAAAAUAACUGAUUUCUAUUUUUUGGGAGGGGAAAGGGGUGCAUUAUCUUUUUUUUUUUUUUAACAUGUUUAAGUACAAAAAUUAGCGGCAUUCAAAUAAACAAUAUCAAAUUCAACUGAUAUUUGGCUCACAAUGAGCUAUUCUCAGGCAGAUUUGCACUAAGAUGUUCUACUGUGACAAAAUUACAAUUAAAACGCACAGAAUGGGAUUAAUAGUGUUUCAUCAUUACAGGUGAUUGUAGUUGGUGAUCAGAGUUCAGGAAAAACAAGUGUCCUGGAAAUGAUUGCCCAGGCCAGGAUCUUCCCUCGUGGAUCAGGAGAGAUGAUGACUCGUUCUCCAGUGAAGGUACUUCACAAAAAAAAAAAGAAUAUUGGGGAUAUAGUAAAAUGUCAGUCUUGCAUAGCCAACUUUUAUAAGUAACCUGAAAGUUCAGCUGUUGGGAUUGAUUACCUUCUUUUAUGAAAGAAAGAUUAUUUUGCAUAUGUUUGUAAAUCAAUUUAAUCAGUGUAGCAGUGUAGAGUUUUCAUUGUUCUUUGAGUGUAAAUGUGUACUGUACAGUGUACAUGUACGUAGAUUCCUACUUAAUAAUGUACACAUAAUUGUGUAUAUUUUUUCACAUUUUCAAGAAUUGCCUGUGACAUAAAGGCAUUAUGAUUUAAAGGCCUGACAUAUUUGAAAAUGAAGGCGUCCUUGGGUACAUUUGACACAUUAAAGGGAUAUUAUAGGCACGAACACAGGCCCUGUAGAAAAGCGUUGGAUUGGCUAAAAUAAUUUCAUUUUGAUGAUGUCAAGAAGGAGGCGGAUCAGGGCAGACUUGCGCAGUGCUGUAAAAAUUGUAGGUUUUACUACCUUUUAAGGGCAAGCCACCUAAAGAGCAAGCCACCUAAAUGGUGGUUUUAACACAAUAGGGUCAGGAGAUCAUGUUUGUGUUCCUGACCUUAUAGUGUUCCUUUUCAAAAGUUAUUUUGAAACUGCAUGCUGUAAGGGACCUGCGAGUCCACCGCAAAUGUGGGCCUGUGCGCCCGAAUGGUCGACCUAAAAACGCUAUGCACAUGUUGUGCUUUGGUUACUGUACCCUAAAUGCAUACGGAGACCUGCGAGUCUUAAUGUGACUUACUUUCGACACUGUAAACCGAAAUAACAUAUUUACAAAAAAAAAAAGUUAUUUUGUAAAGGAAAACUUUAAUCACAUUUACACUUCUUGUUUUUUUAAUACAUUUCAUAAACAUAACCGUUGUUUUUCUGUUGUGGAUAAAAAAAAUUUAUUUUUUUAUUUUUAUUUUUUUUAAAUUAAAACUUUUGUAUUCUACUGUUGUCUUCCCAACUGAUGCUUAACCAAGAUAGGUUCAUAAAGAACAAUCGCAGCAGCAGGCAAGUUAGAUUGAGCAACAGAUGGUCAAUCAACAUAGCUGCUCACUAGAUAUAAAGUGACAUUUUCUCAAAAAAAUCAAUAUACAUAAAUUAUUUUUUUUUAAAGUUUCUUUAAUUGUAAUAUACUUAAAAAAAAAAAAAGUUCAAAUUUGAUGACCAUUUCCUUUAAGUGGAGCAAUCAGCACACGCAUUCAUUUAAUUGCCAUUCUGAUUGCUCCACUUUUAGAACUUUAUUCUAGAGUUGUUGUCUGCAAUUACCAUUAGUUUUCAUUUGACUACUACUAAUUAUUAUUUUCUUUUUCUUGAGGUAACUUUAAGUGAAGGUCCACACCAUGUUGCUGUGUUUAAAGACAGUUCACGGGAAUUUGACCUAACCAAGGAAGCAGAUGUACGUACACAUAACCUUUUUUUUACGCACAUUUUAAUAUUUUGUGGUGUUGUACCAUAGGAAGGUAAUUUGUAUGUGAAGUGGCCAUAAAAGCCAAACUAGAAAAAAAAUUGAGUUUGAGAUUUUUUUCCCCCCAUUUAAUAUAUAUUGGCGUAAUUCCUUUGACAUUUCUGGACAAUUUCAAUUUUACAGAAUGGCUUGCAGGUGGUGCAAGCUGUGUUUUAAGCUUCUAUUUUACUUGCACAAUGUUUGACUUGGCUACCUACCUUUCUAUAGGAAGCAAAUACCAUUGUUCAUUAUAAAUUAAUUUAGACAUGCAAAAAUUGCAUGUUAAUUUCUUGCUGUCUAUAGUCAUUAAGUUUUCAUUAAGAUUUAAGAUAAGGUUGUGCCAUCAAUUAGAAUCUUUAUUUUCUUUGUGUAUCUAACAGCUUGCAGCUUUAAGGGAUGAAAUAGAGGUUCGCAUGAGGAAGAGUGUGAAGAAUGGACAAACCGUUAGCCCUGAGGUACUCCACAAUUUCAAUUAACAUUCUCAUAAUCUACAUACCAGUGCAAUUUAAAAUGAAAUAAUACAAUUCCAAAUGAGAAAGUAGACUGAUAUAAUGGAACUUACUUUGAAAACUGUCAUCAAUCUUUAUUUUCUUGCAUAUCUCAUUCGAUACACUUUGUGAAAUGCAAAUUAUUCAUGUAUCUCCAACUAAUGUAUACUUAUAGCAUUCCUGCAACACCUAACACUAUAUAUAUUUUAUAAUUGUUUUCAGACUAUCUCCUUAAGUGUGAAGGGUCCUGGCAUUCAGAGGAUGGUACUUGUUGAUCUGCCGGGAGUCAUCAGUGUAAGUUGCUUCAGUUUGCAAUAGGCUUUAGUACAUGUGAGAAAGAUUAUUACGUCUUAUCUUUUCCUUUCUCAGACGGUAACAUCAGGCAUGGCUCCAGAUACCAAAGAAACAAUCUUCAGCAUUAGUAAGGCUUAUAUGCAGAAUCCAAAUGCUAUCAUUCUCUGUAUCCAAGGUAAGCAAUUAGAACUUGACAGUAAACCCAAGUUACUAUUGUGAUCUGAGACGAAAUUCAGUGCCAAAAAGUGAUAAACUUUUCCAUUAAUGACUAUAUACCUUGCACUGCCCCAGGAAGAACCUGUAGUAGCCAUCUGUGGAGUGGCUAGUGGAGUUAUCCUUAGGCUGUAAUGCAAACACUCUGAAAAGAGUGCAAAAAGCCUGAAGGGAAUGAUUAUACUCACUAGAACAAAUACAAUAAGCUGUAGUUCUGGUGACCAUAGAGUCCAUUUAAUAGAGUAAUGCCCUGUGACGGAUCGCCUGGCACCCCGACCGGGUGCCUCCGCCAAUCGAUGCUCCUAGUGCUCACCAAGCACUCCACCAGACACCAUCAGCACUGUAGUCCCCACUUCCAGCGUUACAUCUUGCCUGGGGUCUCUCUGUCCCCCACCCACCCUGGACCCAAGGCCAGGAUCCAGUUUCCAGUGGGUAGACCUCUCCUCCAAGAGAGUGUAUCAAUAUGCUCUUAAAAGAGAAAGUGAUUAUAAUCCCAGGGGAGUAUAGUGAUAUAGCAAUCCCCAGAGUAGAUACAGCCAUUUCCCUACACAUGAGAUGAGGCUCUAUGUUGAGGGUAAGCAGGAACUCGUUUAAUGGUAGCCACAACUGGCCUUAUAUGCAAGUCCCCAUGCAAGGGGCACUCCCCCCGGACCUGAGAGUAAACCACAGUAGAAUCAUAUACACAAUUACAUUGGCUCUCAGAUCCAGGACACUCUCAUACAAAACUAGGUCAAUCCCUCCUCUGUACCUGGGAGAUAAUUGAGUCAAGUACUGUAUUAACUCAAUUAUCUCCAGACACAAAAACACACAUUUUCAUAAACACCCCAAAAGUACCUCUAAAACAAAUGGCCACAAGUCACAUCCCCUGAUAGCCCUGAUUUGGGAGACCAAUAUAUCCAAAAAUCACCCAGAUUGGUUCGGGAUUUCCAUGGAAGUCAUAGUUUUGACCAACCGUCCACAUGUUCCAGGGAAUUAGGGCUAAGGGUCAGCCUCUCUUUUUGGAGUACAAAAGUACAUAAAUCACAUACAUUUUUAAAGGGCCCAUAGUCUUUUGGCAAGAGGCUGGCCAACAGGCCUCUCCAGGAGCCUGUGGCGAGGAUACUUUCGCCACAUGCCUCAUUAGCAUUAUUCUAUAUGUCCUCCUGAAUAAAAACGCUCAAAGAGCAUUUUAAAGUAAUGUUUUACUUACCUUAAUUCAGUACAGGGCAAACCUACCAGCGCUGCCACUACGAGAGCCUCCAUGAUGUCCAACCAAAGGCUUCUCAUAGAGAAGACUUUUAAUGAAUGAUUAACACUCAGAGUGCAUGCUCAUGCUCUGAGUCCGCAAGGGGAGGGGAAAAGGGAGAGAGGGAAAAGAGGAAGAGGGACCAUGGAGUGGGUAAAAGAAUAUAGCAGAGGGGAUCGGGAGGAAGAGGGGCAGACAAGAGCUUCCCCAUGCAAGCUCUGCACAAAAUUGACAUUAGGCAGUCUUGAACACAAUUCUGGGCUGCCAGUGUCACAUGUGCUGGGAUUGCAAUUAGCCCAAAAGCUCACAAUUGCCAAUAUCUCUGGUUGUACAGUGUUCAAACUGAAACACUGCACAUCCAGGCUCCUUCCACCAUGUGCACUUCAAAAAUCUGAAGUGGCCAAGGUGGUUAUAGUAACCCAUAAAAAAAAUGAAGUGACUUAUUGUUUCUGCCCAAUUUGAUAACUAAUAUGAUGUGAUGCUGUUUAGCAAGUAUUUAUUAUUGUAACCAUAGCAAAACAUAAGUUUGUGAGGGCUGUUCACAAAAAAUUGAUUUGUUUGCUAACUGAUCUGAUAAUUGCAUUGUUUAGGACAAAAUAACAGAUCAGUUCAGAUCUAUGGAACUGAGGUCAGUUCCCAAUUUAUUAUUAUGUUGAUUAAACAUAUUUUAAUACAAGUAUGAACCCAACUAGUCUAUGAAUAGAAAUACAUCUUCACCUUGUUCUCAGAUGUCAUAAAAUGUUUAUGGGACUACUUUAAGAUGUUGAUAUUUUGAGAGUUCUGGAUUUGGACAGGACUCACUAUACCUUUCACUUUUGCAGAUGGUUCUGUGGAUGCAGAGCGAAGCAUUGUAACAGACCUUGUAAGUCAAAUGGACCCACAGGGGCGACGAACCAUCUUUGUUUUAACAAAAGUUGACCUUGCAGAGAAAAAUGUAGCUAGUCCAAACAGGGUGAGUUUUCUAGGGCCUGGGCGGAUGUAUUUUGUGUCCUCGUUUGUAUUAUCAUUUGUAAUGUUUUGUGUUUACAUUGUUCACACUGCUGCAUAUAGCAUUUAUUAGUAUGAUUUUUUUUUCUCCAAUUGUAAUAUUUAUUGAGAGUUUCACGUAUAGUAAAAGAAAAGUUCCCAACAAUAUCAGUAUAGUCUCCAGUGACAAUAAAUAUGCAUGAAUAUUUAGUUAGUAUAAAAUGUUUUGCUUAAGUCAAACAGAGUGUUGAACAAACAGAAAAGAAGAAAACAAAAAAAAAAUCACAGGGAUUAAUAUUUAGUCCAUUUUUAUUUUGUAUUUUUUUUUUUUUUUAGCGCAAAUAUGUUAUCUGUGUUUCAUGUAUUAAGGCUAUUUUGCUUUAUCACUGUUUAUAUGGUAUGUUUGCAAAAGGCUACUCUUUGACUAAUUUAUAAUCUAUUUAAUUGUUCGCAAAUAUUGUGGAAAACAAUGAUUUUUCCUGUUUUGUAGAUUCAGCAGAUAAUUGAAGGCAAAUUGUUUCCAAUGAAAGCUCUUGGGUAUUUUGCCGUGGUUACAGGGAAAGGUAAUAUCAAUUAAAGGUGUACAAUACCUAAAAUAAUGUUACUAGAAAAACACUUUGUGAAAAAAUUCAUAAAAAAAAAAGUCAUUUAAAGCAUUAAAUCCUUUACAUUAUAAUGCCUUCCAUAUUGCAAAUAGUUGUGCAGAACCAAAGAUUGUAUAGAUUCCUGCAAUUUCAAUAUUUUGAAAAAAAAAAGUUUUUGUAAUGUAAUUUUUAAUUUUUGUUGUGCAUGGUGAUAAUAACAUACAAGCUCGGUUGCUCCAAUAGCAGUCCUCAAGCAUCUUUUCAAGCAUAGCAGUAGGAGCAUUAGGAAAAAUCGGCACGUUUUAAAGUAUAAUAACAUUAGCAUAAUAUCAGUAAUCGAUGAGAGAGCACAUUUUUUUUAUUGUUAAGUACGUCUAUAUGUUCUACGUUAGGCAUUUAAACAAGAAGUUACUGCUAUCCAUAUCACUAGUUAAGCGUAUGUUUUGUGUAAUUAGCAUGGAUUACACAUAGCUUAACAUGCCUACAGUAUACCUUGUGCAAGCCAAACAGAAUAGUAGCAUUAAAGGUAGGAUUAAAUUGUACAUGCAAAUGGAACAUUAUUAAUACAAUCCGGCUGUGUUCACACGUCUAGAGUGGGUAGAUUCAACUAAAUGAAAAUAACAAUGUUGUGAGACUUUCUAGACAUAUAGGUUGGUAGCAUAAAAAUAUUGUAUUCAAACAGGUUAAGCAAUACACGUCUAAGCAUACUACAUUUUAUACUUUCUCAAGCUAAUCGAGUGAUGUGUAGAGUAGGUGCAAGAAAUGCUGUAGUGAUAGAUAUGCGCUGCCUUAUGAGAAAUCCACUUUAACAGAAAUACAGGUGGUGCCACUGGGUGCCAACAUCAUCUGGGGACAGUGUAGGAAAACAUGGGAAAGCAUCACUGGUGACUGUCCACGAAGAGGUGGAGCGCUGUUGUCCCUGAGACAACAAAACAAAGCAUAACAGCCAGCCAAUUCCUCUCAUAUAGUGGGCACUGCCAAUGUAGUAGCAAUGUCACAAGUCCCAGACAACUGAAUCCCGCCAGCCCCAGGUUUCAAUACAGUCCAUAGCGCCACACCCACGAGUCUCGCUACAUGGAACGUCCAGGACUUUGUCUCUAGGGCCUUUGCCAAGGUGUUUUACCUUGCAGACAAUAGUGAUCUUCUAAAGGACUGGGUUGUGCUUGUGGAGGUGUCCCCUAUUGAACCGCGGCCUGGGAAGGUAGCAUUACAUAGCAGGACCAAGUCUCAGUUCCGGCUGUGUCCGUCGGGGUACCAGCCUCUUCGCCGCCAUUUUCAUUGUUGCUUUAGCACUGUGCCCAGUGGGCAUCUGCUUGGUGUCAGUGUAGGCGAGAUCCGGUUAAACUGCUAGUGUGGCUUCUGAUCGCACUGCACGUCGCUUGAUCCUGUGCCAGAGUUGUACCCACAGUCUCUCAAAGGCCUGGGAUAUCCGUUCCUCCAUUGUGUCCCAUACACUAGACGCAGGAAUGGCAGCAGGCUUUCCAGCGGCAGCCAUCUUGUCAUGCUGGUUUCAAGUAGACAGCUCUACAGUUUCUGUCGGCUCCAGGGCGCAUAUGAGCAUGUCUGCACCUCUGUGCGGACCGGGAUAACCCCCACUGAUUUGGGGGGGAGAGGGGUAGGGUUAGGAUCCGCUCCAUGGCUCAUGGAGUGAGGAGAGCGGCCGCCUCUCCCCGGCUCCUAUGCCCUUAGGCCGCAUAUUGUGGUGUUGCCUCCCCGUAUCCAGUAGCGUUGAGAAAGGUAUCCCCAGAGUCGUCCAUUUACUCCCCCACUGCAUUGAGUUCAUGUUGGGGUGAUUUCAGGCUCAAGGUCUGGGGUUCAUUCCGUUUUUGUGACGGACACCGUUGGAGCUCUCUCGGCAAUCGUCCGUUCGGCUCGAUUGCUAAGCUCGGUCCCGUCCCCCGUCCCCCCAAUUUCAAUAAUUUAAACAAUCACAUUGCAAAUAUUAUAUAUGAAAUAAGUGUACAGGCAUGGUUUCAAUAUUUUUCUCUUGGUUUAUCUAUUCAUUGUGUUAUUCAAAUCACUAGCAAAUAUACAGAUUAGCAGUUUAAAAAUCAGAUUUUCAUAUAGCUUUCGUGGUUCUGGAUCUUAUGCUGCCCAGCUAGCCACAAAGAAUGCACAUGAACCUGAUCUGGCCACUUCAGUGACUUGCACUGGUUAUGGUGCUCGGAGUCUGUAUGUGCAACACUUGGCUACAAAUGACAAAACACACAGAGUUUUAACCUUUUGCUGCCAGAGGUGUAACUCCACCUCCAGCAGCGUCAUUGGGUUGUCAUGGUUAAGCUCAAUUCUGGGAAAACAAGCAUUAGAAUUAAAGAAAGUAUGGGUAACCAAUUAAUGUACAAAGGGCAUAAAAACCACCCCCUUCAGUGGUACAAUUGUAAUCGUAUAUAUUAAAGUAAUACCUGCACUCCUAUUCUCAAUAAACUAUAUAGUUUCAUUUGAAUUAUGUUUUAUUAAUGAUCAUGUAAUAAAAUUAAUUUCUUUUUGAGAAUAGGAGUGCGGGUAUUUCUUUAAUAUAAUCUCAAUUCUGUGCAUAUUCUAUGCACAAAGGGUCAUUCAUCAGCCGAUGCUCUCCGCCAUUGAAUGGCCAAUGGGAUCCACAUAUGGCCUCUGCAUCUUUGCAGAAUCUGGAUGCACAUCACCUACCAGCAGGAAAGGAACUUUGGUGCCCAGCAGGAUCCAGAAAAGAGUGUAAAUCUUUACAAAAUGAUUUGCCCCAUUAUUAGGGAAUGGUGCCAGGGUAUUCCAGGCAUCAUAACACUACAGAGGGCUGUAAACAGAAAUCAUAUGAAAAUAUUGAACAAUUUCCUUACUGUACAUUUGCUUAAUGUUGAUUGUGUUGACAACAAAUAGGUGAAAUUAUUGGGAAUUAAAAAAACAUUUUCAUCAGUUUAUGCAAGCUUGGAUCCCCUUUAAUGCUUCAUCCCAUAAAAGGCUGUGGGAAAAAUAUCUAUACACUAAAAAAAAGCAAGGCAGAAUCUAUGUCAGGAGACAUGGUACAAACAUAUAGGUGUUUUUUUGUUUUUGUUUUUUUUAAUAGGCAACAGCAAUGAAAGCAUUGAAUCAAUUAAAGAUUACGAAGAGGAGUUCUUUCAAGCAUCCACACUUUUAAAGUAAGUAUCUUCCAAUCAAUAAUAGGCUGCAUAUUUCUGGCAUUUUUACAUAUUUCGGGAAUUAUUUUUGCCUCCCCUGCGUGGGUUUUUUUCUCCUGAUUUGUUUUUGUCUUUGUGAAUCAAUCAUAAAUCUUAACUUAAAAAAACCCAAACAUUAAUCUGCAUCUAAUAUUUAAAUGAUAUUGCAGUGUUGGCAGUUAUUUAUGCUAUUAUGGUGUUAAUUUUGACAAGUUAUUUUUGGAAGUAUGUGUACACAGAAUGUGCUACAUAGUGGAAAUAAAAUGAAUCAAAUGUUCUGCUGUCCAUUACAGAGUACCUGUGGUGUCACCAGCAGCACAAGAUGCAUUUGUUUUAAAUGGCAAAUCCAAUGUGGUUGCAGUCAUGUGUAACAAAAGGGUGUUUUGUUUAAAUCCUGUUUUGAUUUAAACGUUCCUAUGUAUGGAAAUACAAUUUGUAAAAUCUGAAAUGUCACUGAUUUCCUUUUUCAUCCUCUCCAGAAAAGGAAUGCUCAAAGCACAUCAAGUGACCACCAAGAAUUUAAGUCUUGCGGUUUCUGAUUGCUUUUGGAAAAUGGUUCGAGAGUCUGUUGAACAACAGGCUGAUGCUUUCAAAGGUAAAGUCAUUGGGAAACACUCAGAUUUUCUAAUGUUUAGAAAUUAGAAGAUUAUAAUAUUACUGAUUUUAUAGUAACAGUGCCAGUACUGAGCAUAAAUGCAGAAGUUUGCUGUGUAACACAAGUGAAAUGCUAGAAAAUGACCCCUUUCCUAGAUUGCCAUGGUUUGUGGUUAAACAAUUCAAAAGCAGUGCGCACAAACAAAUGUACGUAAGUCACAGCAAAAAAAGAUUUUAUAUUUAACAUAUAAAUAACAGUAAAUGUUUAAAUAUAACAUCAACAAAUUGUUCAGUGUGUGCUGAAUAUGACAUUACACAGCAGUUAUUCAGAUACUUUUAGCAUUAUGAUGUUAAUGGAAUUAUGAGCAAUAAGAGAUAAAAAAUAGUGUUUGAAUAUGGCGUUCUUCUUUUGUCUGUCAAUUACUUUAUUAAUAAUAUUACAUAACUGUAUACUUGUAAAACAUGUAAAAAAUUUUGGCUGUAUAAAAAUGCCAAUAAUUUUAUUUAUUUUAUUUCUUUGGCAUUAUAAACUAGUUCAUAUCAUAAGCAUGAACUUGCCACUUCUAUAUCAGAAUUAAUCUGUGUAAUGAAGGUUGCAGGUUCAUGAUAAACGGUAUUUGUUUGUUUUAAAAGCUCAAUUUGGUAUUUCUGUGAUAUGUUGCUGGUAUCGGUUAAGUUCUACAUCUUUUCUUUUUCUAAAGCAACUCGUUUCAACCUUGAGACGGAGUGGAAGAAUAACUACCCCAGACUACGUGAGCUAGACAGGGUAAUGACAUAUAAAGCAUUAUUCACAUUGGGUAAAACCAAAUGCAAGCUGCAUGUACAGGAAAUCAUAAUUCAUACCCCCUUCAUUACAGUUGAUUUGCAAGAAAAGUCAGGAGCGAUGCUUGCCUAAUCAUUUGUUAUGAAAGAGUUAGCUUUUUAUAGAACCGAAAAUGUUCAGAGCUAUCCAUUACAAAAUCUAGAACUGCCUUGAUUCUGGUGUUUAAUCUUUCCCCUCAUGGAAUGAGUAGGACUAAUUCCAUGCUAUUAUAGGAACACUCACGCUAUUAAAGGAACAUGCAGAUACCAGGCCACUGUAUUGUUUAUGGGGCCAGUAGUGUCACAGCUCUCUCCAAAGUUAAGUAUUCAAACUGUUUGACAAAAUACCUGGGGUCAGCCAGUCACUUCCUCUGCUGCAGGAAGCAGUAGCACUGAGUUAAGUUAGGAAGUGCAGGUCUUGGGUCUAUUGUUAAAAUUGCUCAGCUGAUGCUCUCAAUCUAUAAACCGGCCCUACACAGCAGGACUCAGUGGUGCUAAAUAAAGGUCCUAGCAGAAGUCCAGUUCCAAAAGAGGCUUGGACUGAUACCCAGCAGACCCUAGGUAAGUUGUCAACUGUUUGCAAUCAGUCUGACUACUUUUCCCAGAAGGGCAUGUUUUCCUCUGCUGCUGAAAUCAAGGGCCCUGAGAUGACCCCAGCAGUGGAGGGCUUAGCUCAUUGGUGCAGAAUGUUCAUAUGAUGCUUUCAGCCAAUGACCAGCCUUGCAUUGCAGCGCUUAGUACAGUGGAGCUAACAAAAGCUCUACAACAUGCUGCAACCAGUAUGACCGCUUACCUCAGUAACAAGCCAGAGUGAUUAUGAUGCUUGGAUCUAAUAUAAUUAAAAUGGUUAGUGCUAGCAAAACAAUCAUGUCAAUUUUAAAAUUCUAUGCUGCAGAAGGGUUACAGCCUUAUCAAUUGAUUCCUAUUUCAACUGGCUUGCUUUAUUCAUUUUUGCUUUUGGCUAUGAUAUAUGAUAUCCUGUUCACAAGGAGAUGUCAUUAUUCAACCUAGACCUAGAUUUCUCAAAAGGAGAUUAUAUACACUGUAUUGAUUUCUUUCUUCCAACAAAACAAUGUAUUCUAUAAAUUGCACAGUCUCCUAAAAUAGUUUUGUGUCAACUGUUUGUUGUAGAAAGCUCUCGAUAAUGGCCAAUAGAAAUAUUAGGAUAGCUAAUAGCUGCUUCAAACUGAAAUACAUUUAAUAAUACAUUGCUGAAUUAGGUGCUCUAUAGUGGUUAUGGUGCCUUAGGGUCCUUUGACUUUGUGUGAGUAGUCAAAUUAUUUGUAGAUGGCUUUUUACCUUUUUUUUGUCACUGCCUCUAUGAGAGCCGUAGGGGCAGGGCAUUUUCUGAGAGCUGUCCUUGCACAGUAUGGUUUUGCUGAAAAGAACUAACGGAAGCUCAGUGCCAGAGCUUCCACCUUUCCAUAGAGGCAGUGAUCAGCACCCAGCAUACUCCAGGUAUGAAGUCAAACCGUAGGCAAACUGUUUUCAUUGCUUACAUUGCAGGGGGUAGAGCACUCCUGGCACCAUAACCACUAUAUGCUGUAGUAUCCCCCUUUUAUUUUCUUUGGGCAUAGGAUGUUGAAAACCUGAUAAUGUUAUUUAGUGUAGUUGUUUGUUUGCACAUGUCGAUAGUGAAUUAAAUUCCUUUCUUGUGUCUUUCUUAUAUUAGAAUGAGCUGUUUGAAAAAGCAAAGAAUGAGAUCCUUGACGAAGUGAUAAGUCUUUCUCAAGUUACACCAAAACACUGGUAAUAUAUGUUUCAUGGAGUAAAAAAGUUCAUCACUUGCUAUCAUUGAUAUUGCAUUGCUGUCCUUGAGGUAUGGCAGAAGUAUCCAAAUAUCUGCUAAUUACCUUUUUUUGUGGUGGUUUUAUGUAUGUAUGUAUUUUUCCUGUAGCUGACUUAAUCCUAAAUUAUCACAUCUCAAGCACACAUAAAACAGAUGAGUAAUUUAGUAUUAGUAUUGUACUGUACAUUUUUUUACAUUAAAAAAGUUUCAAAAACAUGAAUAUUAUUGUACAUCAAAAUUCAUAACAUUGGUAACAUAACCAUAAGAGUUAUACAAAGUUAGAUCCUUAUACUGUAUACCUGCACUUAAAAUACCUAAACUAGUAUAAAGGAUAGAGAUGAAAGACUACAUAGCAGUGAUGUUGAUUAACUGAUCUUAGGUGACUGGAGUGUCAUCAUGUAUUGCAUACAAUAACAAAAAAAGCUAUUUACUUAAGUUUUUGUCCCACAUUGAACACAAAAUGAUAUAUAUUCUUAUUAUAACAUUGUGUAAAAAUCAACCACACUUGAACAAGAUUUGCAUGUGAAUCAGAAUUAGCCAGCAGGCAUACAUUUACAUAAUAUUAUAUAUAUAUAUAUAUAUAUAUAUAUAUAUAUAUGAUGCAAGAAAUUAUCUUAUAAAGCACCAAGCAAAAAAAAAUAAAAAUAUCUAUCUAUAUAUAUAUAUAGAUAUAUUAUAUAUAUCUAUAUAUAUAUAUAGAUAUUUUUAGUUUAUCUUUUAUUUAUUUUUUUGCUUGGUGCUUUAUAAGAUAAUUUCUUGCAUUAUAUAUAUAUAUAUAUAAAUAAAUUCCAUGAUGUCAGUCUCAGAAACUCCAAACACCUCUUACACGGUAGAACAUACAAUAGUAUGUAUUUCCUUUGACAAGCUCAAAAAUAUUUCCUAAAGUUUACCUCUCUUAUAGCUUCUGUUUGUUGGAUUUUGUAGAACACUUGCUUGGAUAAACAUAAGUCCCAUCAGCUAUCAUUCAUGAUUUUCAUUCGUAUUUUUUCAUGUGUGAGCUGUAACCAACAGGCCACUGCACAAGUAUGUGUGAUGCUGUGUUGAUCUGUACAUUUCACGCCUGAUUUGUUCAGUAGUAUCUGCUUAUACUUCUUAUCACGGCUGAUGUAUGUAUCCCUUAAACCCCUCCUGCAUAUUGAAAACAAAGGAGAAAGCGUAAUUGGGUGAGAGGUCUUUCUGGCAUCUGCAGUUUUGUCUUAAAAAGCUGAAGGUGAUUGAAAUUGCAUUAGAUCAGUGGCAUUGUGCUUGUAUGUUUUUAAUCAUUUUUAGAAUGCAUUGAAAUGUGUGCUAUUACAGCUUGGAGGGUCCCUUUUACUAUUGUAUAGUCCUUUGGCGAUGCUUUUUGCUACAGAUGUUAUCAUAUUUCUUUCUGCUGAUACUUGCAUAAACAUUUGCCAUGCCAGGGAAUUUUUUAAUAUUUUGCAUACACCUUUACCUAUUCGUCAAUUUAUGUUAGGGAGGAAAUUCUCCAAAAGACUUUGUGGGAACGAGUCUCAACGCAUGUGAUAGAGAACAUCUAUCUCCCAGCAGCCCAGACAAUGAACUCAGGCACUUUCAACACCACAGUAGACAUCAAGUUGAAACAAUGGACCGACAAGCAAUUGCCUCAUAAAGCAGUAGAGGUUUGUACUUCUCUAUAUAAAUGUCAGUGGUUCCCUUAGGGUAUUAUACUAGCAAAAUUACUUACAGCUAUAUAUUGUUAAACAGUUUUACUUAUUCCAAUUUUCAAUAACUGAAAAUAAACUGUAGAACAAGACAUUUGUAUAGAUUUACUCCAACCCUUUGGGGGAAGGGGGGACCUUUUCGGUGUAAUGUGCCCCAUUGGGCACUAUGAAUUUGCUCCCCAAUCUGCUCCAUUUUCAUCAAAAUCUGAAAAAAAAAAGUUUGCAACUUACCUUGAAUCCAGCACUAGGCGAAUUUCCUGGAGUAGACAUUCACUGAACCUCCUUAUGUCACAGGACCAAACAUGUUUCAAUCACAGGCUUUUCAUAGAGAAGCAAGUGAUUGGACUGUUUUGCAGGCUUAGUGUGCAGGCACACCAUCUGAACCAGGGAGAGUAGGGAGAGAGAGUUUUUAUUUUUUUUUAAAAGGGCUAUUCAGUUAGCAGAGGGGAGGACACAUUGGGAGGGAGAGAAAAACUAUGUUCAUAUUGCAGUUACUUUGCCUGCUUAAUGAAGUGGUCUGGGUGCCAAGUCCAGCUAGGAUUAACCCUUUUUUUUUUUUUUUUAUAAACAUAGCAGUUUCAGAGAAAUGCUAUGUUUAUAAUAGGCUUAACCCAGCCUCAUUGACAGCCGCCAGAGGCGUUUGCGUGCUUCUCGCUGUGAAAAUCACAGUGAGAAGACGGCAGCGUCCAUAGGAAAGCAUUAUGAAUGCUUUCCUAUGAGACUGGCUGAAUGCGCACGCAGCUCCUGCCACGCAUGCGCAUUCAGCCAAAGAGGAGGAUCGGAGGCGGAGAAGAGGAGGAGGUCCAGCACUGGAAUAAAGGUAGGUUUAACCCCUUUCCUCGCCAUCCAGCCCGGCGGGAGGGGGACCCUGAAGGUGGGGGCACCCUCAGGGCACUAUAGUGCCAGUAAAAAAAGUGUUUUCCUGCACUAUAGUGGUCCUUUAAGAAGUUACACAUGUUGGGGGUUCAACUUGACCACUGCACACAUUUUAAAAAACUCUGUAUGUGCAGUGUUUCAAGCAGAAACUCUGCACAUACAGACUCCUAACACCAUAACCACUGCAAAUCACUAUGUUGGUUAUAGUGGAUGAAGUAACCAUUUAAGUAUUGCUUCAUUAAGUUAUGCUAAAAUUUACUUUAAGUUCUGAUAAGCCACGAGAAAUUUCUGCUUGUCCACUUCACAUCACUUAAAAAAACUAUGAGAAGCAAUGGUGUUGUAUUGGCAGCUAUAAUAUGAAAAUGUGCUGUGUGUGCUCAAUUCUCCUUUAUGAGAAGCAUCUGAUUGGACAAAGUUAUCAGUCUUGAUGAUUUCACCGAAAUCUAUGCAGUGAGGAGAUUGUCCUACACUGGAAUAAAGGUAAAGGUCUUGGCUCUACUGAAGUGCUCUUUACAACGGCUCCCACUGGUUCUUAAUUAUUGUGCUUAUUAAUUAAAGUGAGAUUCUGAGGAAUGGAUUAAACAUUUAAUUUGUGUAUAAUAAUCCUCUUCUACCUUGUUUUAUGAAGCAAUUUGUACAUAGACGUACAUUUGUUUCUGGGACCAACAAGUUACCUGCAAUUUUUACAUUUGUUUCUUCCAAUUUAGGUGGCUUGGGAUACUCUUCAGGAAGAAUUUUCACGUUUCAUGACCGAGGAAAAAGGGAAAGCACAUGAUGACAUAUUUGACAAACUUAAAGAGGCCGUAAAAGAUGAGGGCAUCAAGAGGCACAAGUGGAAUGAACAAGCAGAAGACAGUCUGGUAUUUCAUCUCAAAUAUAAUGUUUGUGAAUGUGGAUACCUUUACUUUGAAAUGUAGUGAAUUAGAAUCUGAAUGGCAUUUUGAAAACACUAAGCAGAAAUCUUGCAUUUUUGAAUAAUUUGUUAGCUCUUUUCUAGUCAAAGCUUGGCUAUUUUAACCUAGAUUUUGCUUUUGGGAUUUAAAUUUGCAUGUGUUGUGAAUAAACACCAUGGUUUUUGUAUCAUACACUGUAAUAAUAUGUUGAUUUUUUUUUUUUAUAACUACCUAAUGUUUCAGAUAUUUACCGCUAGCAACAAUAGCGGAAGCUGUAUCUUUACUAUCCUGUGUAUGAAUUUCUUAUGAUUUUUAGUCUGAAUAUGUAUUGCCAUUUAUUUGUACAGAGAGUCAUUCAGCACAAUGCUUUAGAGGACCGCUCCAUUGGAGACAAACAACAGUGGGACGCAGCCAUCCAUUUUAUGGAGGAUACACUGCAGAGCCGCUUAAAAGACAGUAAGUGUAUUAAUUUGAAACAAGUAUGAAAUUAAAGUUUUUAGAACUGAAGUGGAAUAUAUGUGCUUAGUAAAACUGGUGGUGUUACUGUUAUGUUGUUGUUUUAUAAAUCACAUGUUUUGGAUAGUUAUGCCAUUGAAUAAUUCUACUUGUUAUCAUUUCAUAUUUUUCAGUAGAAGAAUCUUGAAUAUCAUAUGUUGACACAUAUUUGUGACACAGAGUGAAAUAGACCUCUUACUGCCGAUGAGCCACUUAAAUCGGUUUGGGUUUUUAUAAAAAGUAGAGAUUCAAAAGAGAGAGUCGUGGGAGAAGAAAGGAGCAGGCAGUAGAAGUCCUAGAGGUUGCCACAUAGAGCCCUUUCCGACUGGGAAAAGGGUUAAAUGCUGUUUUUAGGUUCAGGACUGGUCCUCAAGCCUAAUAUCAGUCCCCCUGUUCCUGUUACAAAUGUAAACAUUGAUGGGUCUCUGAAACAGCAAUGCUUAUAUUUGUCAGACAUCAGGGACAGCAUCUGGCCACUAAGACCAGUACAGUAAGCUACAACAUCCCUUCAAUUUGAUCCUUAGAGUGUGAACUAAUAUAAGCAGGGCCUUUUUCACCUGUCUCUGUCAGCAUUACAUUGCAUGUCAACACUAGUUUUAUAUUCCCAGUGUUUUAUUGUAAUGCGCUGCAGAACAUGUUAAUGAUCAUAAUAAUAAGAGUAUCCCAUUUAGUAAUACAUUUUAAUUGAUGCCUGUCCUGGCAAUUUAACUAACACAGUUUGCAUGAAUUGUUUUUCUCUAUAAAGUGGCACCAAAUCUCAUAUAGAAUAUCAAUCACUUUAAAAUAAGCUGAAAGUAAUAGACCAUAAUUUUUAUACCUUGUGUCCCUAACCUGGGUUUACUUUUUCAGCUGAAUCUGUUAUACGCGACAUGGUGGGUCCAGACUGGAAAGAGAGGUGGUUUUCAUGGACUUCUCGUACUGCAGAACAGGUAAAUGCAUGUAUGAGUUACCAUUUAUUUUGGUAUUUUUUACAUGUAUAGAAAUUAUCUGAUUUUUUUUCUUUCUUUCUUUUAUGAUUAUAUGAAAAUUUGCAUUGCUUUCCAAAUCCACUCUACUGAAGAAUGUUCGCAAUGAAACUAAAAAAGAACUUGACAGGAUGAUGAAAGUUAACGACGAUCAUCCGGCAUAUCUUGCUAAUGAUGAAGUCACCACAGUCAGAAAGAAUCUAGAAUCCCGGGGAGUGGAAGUUGAUCCCGUUUUGGUAAAUCAUACUUUAUAUGCAAAAAAAGGGAAAGUGUUAAAACAGUAAUAAUUUGUUGUUUAAUAUAAAAUACUGCUAAUGAUAAAGUCAGCCAUGGCUAGAAACAAUCUAGAAUCUCAGGGAGUGGAAGUGGAUCUGAUCUGGUAAAUUAAAUUUAUCCCAGGACAUUUUUCUCUUCUUCUUCCAUUGUAAAAAAAUGUGUCAAAUAGUUUUUAUUGAAAGGUUUUCAUUUUUAAGAAUAUAAUUAUUGUAAAACAAAUAAAGAAUAAGAAUACAUAUAAAUAAAACAAACAAAAAGAAAUAGGGUAAAAAUUAUCCAUCCAUUGUAAAAUUGAUAAAUGCAUUAUGAAAUACACUACACUACAUCUCUAAAGGAGUAUACGUUUGGUCUAGUAUUGGGACUUCAAAUAUCUUGCUUAAUCUGGUAGCUACAAUCUCAUAUUUAGUGACAUCUGAACCUUCUAAAUGUUUUAAUAUAAAUUUGUCAAAUGAUAAUUAAUUAUUUGAGAAAAAAUGUAUUAUUUGAGAAAAAAUAUAGUCCAGAUUAUGUAGAGAGAGUGGCCCCCAGAAAUCAACAUCAAUCCCAGGAAUAUUACAUUUUAAAAUGGACACUGGCAUUCCCUUUAUCUGCCCAAACCGUAUAACCCAAGUCUUUAACAUUGCCCUGGUUGUGGGAAGUAUUUUCCUGAAUUUAGACUGCAAAGUAUGAGGAAACCAUGAAAGUUUCCAGUGUAAAUUGUAUUAGAUUGAUUCUGAAAUUGAGAAAAGAAGCAUCUUCUAAAAUUAUUGGUAUAAAAUAAUAGUAUGGGAAAUUAUGUGAAUUACACCAGAGAUGUUUUUAUGUGUGUGUGUAUAUAUAUAUAUAUAUAAUAUAUAGUUGCACUUACCUCGUGCUCUUUACAAUGAUUAGUAGUUAUACAGCCUAUUUAACGUUAGACUAUGAUCUGUGGACAUGCAUUUGUUUAUUUUUGCAGUAUAAACCAUGCUGAAUAUAAUACACAAGACAAGACAAAAGAACCUUCUUUUGUCUUGUCUUGUGUAUUAUCUUUGUGUACAGGGCCUAUAGCAGGGGUCCUCAAACUGUGGCCUUCCAGAUGUUGCUGAACUACAACUCCCACGAUUCUCUGGUUAUCUAUGUAAUUCAAAGAAUCAUGGGAGUUGUAGUUCAGCAACAUCUGGAGGGCCACAGUUUGAGGACCCCUGGCCUAGAGGGAACCCUAUUUUUAGGUUUACUGCCUCCUACUUUCCCUAUUUAUAGUAUUGGUUUAUUUUUGCGCUGUUCCCUUUUUUUUGUACAUGCUGAAUGUAAGCAUAUAUUUAUGUUGGCUUUACACUGCAUAUCUUUUUUCUCUUUUCAUUGUUUUCUCUUUUUGUAGAUAAAAGAUACAUGGCAUCAAGUUUACAGAAGACAUUUCUUAAAAAACGCUCUCAGCCACUGUAAUCUUUGCAGGCGAGGAUUUUAUUACUAUCAAAGGCAUUUUGUAGACUCUGAGGUAAGAGUGUGAACCGAAGUGUGGCUUUAAGAAUUAAAGGCUGCGGGCAAAAGAUUUUAGGAGACCCAUUGUAUUAAACUUGCAAUCCAUAACUCUGUGUGGUAUAAAAUAAGUCUGUUGCAAUGUUAUUGGUCCAUAUGUCUGUCCCAUUUCCUCAUUCACAUAAUUUGGAAAAUGUGGGGCCUUAUACAUCCACCUCUGAUAAGGUCCCCAUAUUCUUCUUUGAUCUUGGAAAAUAUAGUUUUGGGUACACUGUUAAACAUUUGUACCUGGAAUACAUUGUUUAGUGAUUGGCAUUAUUUAACAAAUGCUCCACCAUGUUCUGCUGUCAGAGUAAGAAUUUGUUUAGUAAUAAUUUUGUUUUAUGUAAGGGAUCUUUUGUUGACAUCCACAUGUAUGUAUUAAAACUAAAAAAAACACAUUUAACAUUAGAUUAUGACAGCUGGCACACUAGGUGUUAAAUCUUUUCUUCCACGUAAUUAAAGGCUGUGCUAAUUCACAGCAGCAGGGUAGUAUCUGGUAACAUUUAGUUCUGCUUUAAAAAACAAGCAACCUUACAGGCUAUUAAUAUCAACAUUGAUUGGUCUUAGUCAAAACACCUGACAAGAGUGUUCUAUAUACUUGUAGAAAAAGAAAAAAGCUUAUUUAACCCCUUGAGGACACAUGACGUGUGACAUGUCAUGAUUCCCUUUUAUUCCAGAAGUUUGGUCCUUAAGGGGUUAAAAUAUUGUUCAGACGUCUGUAUAAUAUUGUUCUAGAAACAAUGUGUGCAGGUUUUGUAACCGCUAAAUUCAAUAACAAGCCAGGAGAGCAUUUGGAAAGUAUUGCAUGUGUUCCUAACAUUGUUAUUAUGCUUAGUGAUCAAAUGAUGUUCCAAAGUAUGAUGUAAUUUUGAGUAUUGACCAUUAGGUGGUGCCAGAGCAUCUGAAAUGCAGUUGGAAAUGGUUUCACCUAUCAGUAAAUAUGAUACUGCAAGUUCAAAAUAGCUUACAGGAUCACUAUAGGGUCAGGAACACAAACAUGUAUUUCUGACCCUAUGGUGUUUAACCCACCAUUUAGGUGGCUUGCCCCCCUUUAGCCCCACUAUAAAAGUAUAAAACUCACCUUAUUUCCAGCGCAGUGCGGGUUCGCCGGCCCUGGCUCUGCCCCCUUUGUGACAUCAUCGAAAUGGGCAGUUUUUAGCCAAUCCAUUUUAGCCAUUGAGUCAAUGCAUCGUUAUGAGAAAAAUUCAGCUUCUACAUGCAGAGCGUGGGGAUGCUGAACGGCAGGGCUGCUUACUGUGCAGCCCUGAGCCAGGAAGCCCCUCCAGUAGCCAUUUAAGGAGUUGCCACUUGGAGGUGUCCUUAGGGGCAAUGUAAACACUGCCUUUUCGUCGAAAAGGCAGUGUUAACCCCUUCAGGACGGGUGACGGACGAGGUCCGUCACACAGGGGAGACCCUUAACGACGGGUGACGGACCUCGUCCGUCACGCGGUAAAAUUAACCCCGGAUCGCCGCUAUCGCGGCGAUCGCGGGGUUAAUGGUGCUCCCGGUAUGCCUCUGCAUUGGAGGCAUACCGGGAGCACCCGGUCAAGCUGCCCAGCACAUGUGCUCGCUCUGACCACAAGUCGGAGCGAGCACAUGUGCUCUGAAUACUUACCUACCGGCUCCCUGCACUUCCGGGUUCUGUGUGAAGUGCAGGGAGCCGGAUCAGUGCUGAUCCUGCCCCCUGCUGUAAAAAAAAAUAAAGUUUAUUUAAAGUUUUAAUAAAAAAUUAACCCCUUCCCUGCCAAUUGAUCACUGACUACAGUGAUCAAUUGGCAGGGAUUACAUUUUACUAUGAUCUGAUUUUUUUUUUUAACCCCUGAGGGUUAAUUCUUUUUUUUUUAACCCUCAGGGGUUAAAUUAAUUAAUUAAUUAAUUAAAUUAUUUUUAAAUUAUAUAUUUAGAUAGCUGGGGUAGGUGGAAGUUAGUGGGGAAUUGGGGGAUUUGACGUUAGGCUAACUAGGGGUUAACGUUAAAAAAAAGUUUUAAAAGAAACUUUAAAAAGUUAAAAAUUAAGCUUAAAAAAAUGUUUUAAUAACAUUUAAGUAAUAAAAACAAAAAAACACACUUUACCUAGUCCAAAUAAAAAUUAACCCCUUCCCUGCCAGUCGAUCACUGCCUACAGCGAUCAAAUAGAGAUCACAGUAUUAUACUGUGAUCUAAUUUUUUUUUUAACCCCUGAGGAUUAACUUUUUAUUUAUUUUUUAACCCUCAGGGGUUCAAUUUAUUUAAUUAAUUAAUUUAAAUAUUUUAUAACUAUAUAUUUUGCUAGCUGGGGUGGGUGGGAGUUAUGGGAAAAUGGGGAAUUUACUGUUAGUGCUGCGUACUGCUAGUUAGGGGUUAACAGUAAAAAAAAUAGCUUAGAAAAAUGUUAAAUCUGUAAAAAAGUUUUAAGAAAGUUUAGGAAAGUUUAAAAAAAAUUUAUAAGCAAAACAAAAGUUUAAAAACUAGUUUUUAAAAGUAAAAAGUUAUAAAAAGUAAAAAAAUACAUUUUAAAAACGCUCAUUACCACUACACCUGGAACAAACUAGAGAAAAAAUUAUCCCACGCCAAGGUUCAAAAUAUGCCUUUUGAAUUACCCCAGGGUGUAUUCUUUAAUAAAUAGUAUGUGUUUGUGGGGAAGUUUCAAUAACCAACCGUCUAAACUACUCCAAAUUGGAACAUGGACACAGCGUAAAACUUCAAAGUUAGAAAAAAACUGAAUGGCUGCGUCUCAAAUGCGCCCCUUCAACAUCCACAUAUACCUGGCAAAGGUACAUACGGGGGUAUUGCUGUACUCAGCCGACAUAGCUGAGCAACAUAUGAAGUAUUAUACAGUCAUAGUACACAUAAGGUUUGCAAAAUAUGCUGCGCAAACUCACUUUGUAUGUCAAAAAGGCAGAAAAAAUGCUUAUUACCACUACACUUGGUACAAGCUAGCGGAAAAAUGAUCCCACACUAAGGUUCAAAAUAUGCCUUUUUAAAUACCCUGGGAUGUCUUCUUUAAGAAAUGGUAUGGCUUUAUGGGGAAUUUGGAUUAUAUAGCCUGGUAAAAUACUCUAAAAUGGGACAUAGGCACAGCAUAAAAAUUCAAAGUUUGAAAAAAACUGGAAUGGCUGUGUCCCAAAUGUGCCCCUCCGAUGUCCACACAUACCUGGCAAAGGUACAUACGGGGGUAUUGCUGUACUCAGCCGACAUAGCUGAGCAACAUAUGAAGUAUUAUACAGUCGUAGCACACAUAAGGUUUGCAAAAUAUACUGUGCAAACUCACUUUGUAUGUCAAAAAGGCAGAAAAAACGCUUAUUACCACUACAUCUGGUACAAGCUAGCGGAAAAAUGAUCCCACGCUAAGGUUCAAACUAUACCUUUUGAAACACCCUGGGGUGUCUACUUUAAGAAAUGGUAGGCCUUUGUGGGGUAGAUUGAAUUUAAAACCUGCGAAGAUGCUUGGAAAUUGCAUAUAGGCCCAGCGUCAAAAUUCAAAGUUUGGUAAAAACGGAUAUGGCUUGGUCUCCUAUAUGGCACUGUAGCUUCACAAAAUAGUGACAAAGACAUUCAUUGGGGGUGUAUUUUUACUCAAAAGACUUAGCUGAGCAUAAUUUGGGAGGUUUGAACUUAGUGGCACAUAUGAAAUAUACAAAACGCCCAGCAAAAAUGCAAUCCGUAUGUAAAAAAUGCACAAAAUAAUUUUUUUACCACAUACUUUGGCAUAUAUUGGUGAAAAAAUGGGGGUAUGUUAAGGCACAAUAUGCACCUUAUGAGAUACCCUGGAGUGUCUACUUUUACAAAUGGUAGGCCUUUGUGGGGGUUUUUUGAACAGUCAAACUGUUAUAAUACCCCAAAUGGAAGCUAAGGCUCAUUAAAUCCAUCUCUCAAAAUUCUACUGUGAAUACUGUAAAGGACAGGUCUCCUAUAUGGCACUGUAGCUUCACGAAAUAGUGCCAAAGACAUUCAUAUGGGGUGUCAUUUUACUCAGAAGACUUAGCUGAGCAUAAUUUGGGGGGUUUGAACUUAGUGGCACAUAUGAAAUAUACAAAACGCCCAGCAAAAAUGCAAUCCGUAUGUAAAAAAUGCACAAAAUUAUUUUUUACCACAUACUUUGGCAUAUAUUGGUGAAAAAAUGGGGGCAUGUUAAGGCACAAUAUGCACCUUAUAAGAUACCCUGGAGUGUCUACUUUUACAAAUGGUAGGCCUUUGUGGGGGUUUUUUGAACAGUCAAACUGUUAUAAUACCCCAAAUGGAAGCUAAGGCUCAUUAAAUUCAUCUCUCAAAAUUCUACUGUGAAUACUGAAAAGGACAGGUAUCCUGUAUGGCACUGUAACUUCACGAAAUAGUGCAAAAGACAUACAAUGGGGGUGUCAUUUUACUCAGCAGAUGUAACUGAACACAAAAUAAAACUUUGUACAGGAAUAGCACACACCAACUUUACAAAAUAUACACGAGAAUUUCUCUGUUAUAAGUUUGUGUGCCAAAAACCAAAAAGAACACAAUUUUACUCCAAUAUUUAGCAGAGGUUGGCGGUAAUAUGGCUACGUAGAAAGUGUCAAAACAACCUUAGGUAAAUAGCCCGUGAUGUCUACUUUAUAUAAAUAUAUACUUUUGUGUGGCAAUUUUGUUUUCUUUUAUGGCUAUUAAGCUUACAAGACAAACAUACCAAAUUCUAAAAUCGCUCCACAUUAAAAUUUUAUUUUACUCCUUGUGCUUUGUGACCUGUAACUACCAAAAAAAACUUAAAAUCCCAGACACAUUAUAUAUUCUGUAAAUCAGAACAAAUAAAUAAAUUUAUUUUUAAUUACUUUCCUUAACCUGCACUAAUUAUGCACACAUUAUUAUUGCAAAAACUGUAAAAAAAACAAUAUUUUUCAUUUUUUUUGCAUUUUUCUGUAUUUUUUUUAUAAUAAGUAAGCAUUUAUAUAUAUAUAUAUAUGUUAUAUCAAAUUAAAGCCCUUUCUGUCCUUUAAAAAACAGUAUAUAAUAUGUGUCGGUGCAAUAAAUGAGAGAGAUGCAAAUUGCAGUUGAACGCAAACAGCAAGAAAAUGCAAAAAUUGCUUGUGUCAUUAAGCGUAAGUCAAGCUUCUGAAGCUGUGUCCUUAAGGGGUUAACAUGAAAAUGCUUGAAGGGAGCUAUUAUACUUACCAGAACAACUAGAAAGCUGUAGUUUUUCUGGUAACUAUAGUGACCUUUUAAUUUUUCUAUAAACUACAGAAACAUCAACAUCCCUAGCAUUUUAUUUUAACUUGGUUCUCUUUAUAUACGUUUUUCUGAAUGACUAGUACUCCCAGUAUGUAAAAUAUUAGGUAAUGGCAUUUUUAUUCAUGUUUUAGUUGGAGUGCAAUGAUGUGGUCCUUUUCUGGAGGAUACAACGGAUGUUAGGAAUCACUGCUAACACCUUAAGGCAGCAGCUAACGAAUACAGAAGGUACAGUGUUAAGAAUGGUGAAGUAAUUAUAUAUGCCAAGUAUUGGUAUUGCAUUGUGUAUUUGUCCAUAAACUUAAAUGUUAACACAUUAUAUAAACACAUUAUAUUUUGUAAGAAAAAAAGCGGAAUCUUUAUUCUAUCUUUUACAGGAUUAUAAAAAAACUCAUUAGCGUAUGUGUUGUGUUUAGUUUUUGUCCAAGAUCCUGUAAUCUUAUUAUUGUUGUAAUAUUGGUUGCUUUUGUAUAGAUGGCAAUUGAUAGCCCAAAUUCUUUGUGUGGCAGGGGUGCAGUAAUUUGUAAUUGUCUGCUAAUACACCUCUUCCAUGUCUUAUGCAGUAAGACGCUUAGAGAAGAAUGUGAAGGAAGUAUUGGAAGACUUUGCAGAAGACAGCGAGAAAAAGGUCACCUUGUUAACCGGGAAGAGGGUCCAACUAGCAGAAGAUCUCAGUAAGUGGAGAACGUUUUGAAUGUCAAAUUUACAUAUGUAAACCAUCAAUAUGGUUCAUGUUUUCUUGCAUAAUGACUUUUGAAUAUAUAAGUAUUCUGUAUAAUUCUUGGUGUUAUAUUGGUAUGUGGCUCUACACUGUAUAAAACCCUAUAACUAUUUGUCUUUUUAUGUGUGAAAUAUGCUCCAUAAAUAUAUAUUACUUUUAUGCCCUUGUACAGCGCUAUGGAAUUUGCUGGAGCUAUAUAAACAAUAAAAUAAUAAUCACUGGCACCUUCAUUAAAAUAGCCAUACUCUGUUCAAGCACCAGAUGGCACUAUAGCCUUUUAUUUCAUCAUGUACUCAUUUAUUUAGGCUCAUGCUUUCUACAUUUGAUAAUGCUGUUUGUAGAAGCUGAGCUAGACAACCAAAAUUAAGAUCAGUCGCUGUACUAGUUGCUAGUAUUUAUUUAUUUGAAAAUAAAAUGUAUUGAUUACUGUAUCAUAUUUAUACUGCCUUAAAAAAUGGAAACAUAGUUGUUUCAUUUAAAAAAAAAGAAAGUAUGUUUUUUUUAUUGUUUAAAACCUGUCCCACGUGCAAAAAAGUGUUCCGUAAGAAAUCAUCAUUAUGUACUAAUUUAUUUAGGUUCAUGCUUUCUACUUCAUGGCAAGCAAAUCAUGCAGGAUUAUGUUUGUCUCUCUCACCUGAAAUGUUUGUGGUAUUUGAUUAAAUCAGCAUGUCUGAAACUAAACGUGUCUGCCAAACCAGAUAUUUUACCGUUUAGACAUAGCUAAUUUAAACAUCUAGACAUAAUUAGAAUAGAUGUCACCAUCAAUAAUUUUUUGAAAAUGACACAUGGUUUGUCACUUCAGCAUAGUGAAAACUAAGCAGCAAAAGACAGGUGUAUUUUGUGGGUUUUUGUUUGUUUGUUUGGUUUUAUUUUACAUAACAUAAAAUUUAUCUGUAGAAUUAAGAGUUCUCAAGCAGACGUUAUACAGCAGAUGGUGAUAUUAAUUUUGCAAUCCUUUGUUUGUAUCAAGGAUGGCUUAUAUAGAAUGUAGACUAAAAUUUUUCAAGUUCAAUUAUGAAAAUACUAUAAAACAAGUAUUCAUUUGAAAAUAUUCCUAUAUUUUAAAGGGACGUUAGUGGCACCUACACCGCUUUAGCUCAUUCAGGUAGUCUAGGUGCAAUGUCCCAUGUCCCUGCAAUGGUAAACUGUAAAAUGUACCUCUCAAGGUUAACUCCACCUCUAGUGGCUGUCUGGUAGACUUCCUGGUGGUUAGGUGACUAAAAAGUUGUAUAAAUGACACUGGACGUCCUCACGCUGUGCAUAAGGACAUCCAGCAUCAAUCUAAUCCCCAUAGAAAAGCAUUGAAACAAUGCUUUCCUAUAGGGAAUCCUAAUGCGAGCGCAGCAUUUAUAGCACAUGUGUGUUAGGUCUCCCCGGCCGACAUCAGCAAGCGUGAGCAGGCAUCAUCCAGCGCUGAAGGACAUUGGCGCUGGAUUCAGGUAAGUGACUGAAGGAGUUUAAACCCCUCAACGCCACGUGAGGGGGCAUGAGGGAUGUUGGGCACUGUAGCGGCUUGGUUUUCCUGGCACUAUAGUAUCCCUUUAAAAAUAUCAGCACUUCCCCAUAGUUCAAUGUCACCAUGGCAAACAUCUUUGCUUAGCCCCUUAUUAACAAUUCAUUUUGCUGCUUACAGUUUAAAGGGCACCAUAACAACUUCAUCGCAAUAAGAAGUUUAUAUGCACCAUGUUACCCUUGAAGGUCUAAAACUUCAAUUUGGAAGCCUCUGGUUAACUGCUUGCGAACGGUUUAACCUUAAGUUCUGCAUGUUGGUGCCCGAUCACGGUACCCUUCACUUCCUCUGAAGAUCUGCGGCUUUAAUCAUGAAGCCUCAGACUGGGCAACAUUGAUAGACUGACAGCUCUAAGGCUAAAACUAGCUCCCAUUCACAAAAGUAAUGGAAAAAGGUAGGUAUCUUUUUUACUCUAUUUUCUGAAUGGGGAGCUAGUGUUAAGCUUCCCAUUGUGAUAGGCAUUCAGUGCAAGGAUGCCUUGGACCUUCAGAACAAGUGGAGGGACAAUGCGAUUGGGUUCCACUAUUUAGAUUUUGGGGUUAAACCAUUCAUUAACAGUUUAAUGUCUUCAGGUAAGACAGCACCUGGUACCUCUUGCACCAUAACAUUUCAUUUUAAUUAAGUUGUUAUGGUGCCUAGAAUGGUCCUUUAAAGACAAAUCUCAAAUGAGACAAUUGCAUAUUCUAAUGAAUCCCUACAAACAAAUCAACCUUUAAUAUGGAAAGCACUGUUACAGUCACAGCUAGGCUUUUUUAACGUGCAUUUUCUAUUUUCAGGUCACUAAAAUGACUGAGCGCCUUAUAAUUUGAAGGGUAUUUUAAACUGGUGUGCCAAGAAUAUUUUAGGCAUCCAUGUUUUUUUUUAUUUUUAUUUUUUAUUGAGUUCAUCCCAUGCAUUCUCAGUUCCUGGUGGGCCUGUGUAACACCGCCUGUUACUAUUUGUAUUCCUAUCUAAACAGACAUAGGGCUUUGGAAGGUCCUAAGUGCCUAAAGCUUUAUUGUAUAGCACACUGGUACUCAAAAGGUUAAAUCCCUUUUUCUUUUUUUAUAUUUGUGUGAAGAUAACAUGCAUUGGACUAGAGAGGUGUUUUGUGUCCAAUUAGUGACAGUCAUGUGUACUUUAUUUUCAUUCCCAUGGGUCACUUAGUUAACUAAACAGUGCCAAAGUUGUCUUUAGUGUUGACCUUUGGCCUGGGAGUAAAGAUGAGACAGCCCAGGGAUGAUGUCACCCUGGUUUAAAUGGCAGUUAGUAGAUCUGUAAUAAGCUUAUCUGGAUUGCACUGCUUUUUUUUUUUUAAUGUUAACACAGAAGUAAAACUUUGCCCCUCUUUAAAUAUUUGUGUUUUAUUUUAACCCUCGUCCCGUGCAGAAUAAAUUGGAAAGCAGCAAAUACUACUAGAGUUUGCAAUCUGGACAACAGUACUUGCCCAGACAUGUCUGCUGUGCUGUGCCACAGACAUAUUGAGACUGAAGAAUUAGCAGGGUUGCUAUGUUGCAUUCAGGUUUUUUUUUUUUGAAGAGUAAAAGUGUUUUAUUGUGUAGUAGUUGCCAGGCAAAGUACUGUAUAACUUCUUAACAAAGUUAAGGAAAUGAAAGCUAUAAUCACAGAGUGUUUUAUGUCCUCUUGUAUCUCCGCUAUUUAUUGCAUUGCAUUGCAAUGGUUAUCAUGCCUUUGAGUUAUAAAUGUGGCUGUCACGUGUUGAAUCCCUGAGAAGAGUUUUAAAGGGGGUUUGUCCUUUAUAAUCGGUAUUUCUAUGUAUGCAUUAUCCAAAUCCAAAUCAAAUAGCAAAAAUGUGUAGAUUGCAGAUCUAAAAACUUUAAAUUUUACUUCAAAAUUAUUUUUCCUUGGUCCUCGUGAAAGUACAAAAACACGUAGUCACCCUAAAGGACAGAUAUCCUAUUAAAAGACUACAGUAUGCUACAGCAUAUAAAAUGUAUUACCAAAAGCUGGUAAAAAUGUAUGGCCUGAAAAAUCCACUUUGUGAAACUCUGGUACACCCCCCCCCACCUUCCAAUUUAAAUUUGCCAGGUUAUGACGAAUGUGAAUUUUGACUGGCAGACACACACUGACACACCAACUCAUUGACAGACACAUACUCUCAGAUACACAUACAGUGACAUACAUUCACUGACAGACACAUACUCACUCAAAGACCUACAUUGACAGACACACAUUCACUGACAGACACACACAUUUUCUGAGACAUACAAUGACAGACACCUACAUUCACUCACAGAUGCACAGUGACACACGCACACAUUUACUCACAGACACACACACACACACACUCACAGAUAUACAUUUACUCUCAGACACACUGACAGACACACACAUUCACUCUGGCACACUCACACACAUUGUCUCACACACUUGCAAAUUAUAUAUAUAUAUAUAUAUAUAUAUAAUAUAUAUAUUUUUUUUUAAUUUAAAUCCACCCAGCCUCCCUACCUUUGGAAGAGCUGGAGUGGAUUCUUCCCUGGGGUCCAGUGGGCUGGUUCCUGCUGGGCUGGUGACUGGGUAGGUAGACAGGCAGACAGACAGGCAAGCACACAGUGGAGUGAGGAAGCUGUAAUCCUCCUGCUCAACUCCCUCGCGCACCGGUUACUUAUGGUGGGAGCCGGAGUGAUGUCAUAUUUCGGCGCAAGGGAGCAGAGCAGGAAGAGCUCAGAGGAUCAAGAUCUUGAUAAAGACCCCAGGAGGGUCGAAACAUCGAUUUUAAAUAUGCACAGUUGAUGUAUUUUUUUGAAACACAAUAAAUAACCUUGUUUCACUAUUUUGAAAACCUAGAGUGCCACACAUAUACACACGCACACAAUAUGUCUCUGUUUACCAUUCUGUAGUGUUUAAUGGCGCAACAAGACCUAGGUAGCAGCCUUGAAUGAUUAGAUCUUCAUUCAGAGACACACAAUGCACUUGUUGAGGUGUGUGUGUGUUUGUUUGUUAGUUAUAGAAUCCGCUCACCUGCACUCCAUGGUAACAGUGAAUAUAAGUAAGUUGUAUAUGAUAGCACUUCAGUCACUUCGAAUUGUAGUUAAAUACUAAAUAAAAGUUGUUUUAUUUUUAACAAUUAGAAGUUCCUGGAGUGCUGUCAUGUACAGCUUUUAUAUAUUGUAGAUUGGAUUAGCUGUAUUAGUCCAGUAGACAAGGUGCCCGUUCAGACAAGGCCCCAUUUCAAAACCAUUCGGCAAUAUACUAAAUAAAUUACCACAGGGAGCACUUGAAAUGCUACUUCACAGAUCCAGCAUAAUGAUUCUGAAUGCAGUCACCAGGUCACCAUGGGAACACUCUGACCCAUUCACUGAGUGCCGUGCCAGAAGAGUGUCUAUGUGGUCGGCACCCGCCAGAGGUGGGUUCUUUACUGGACCACUGAGGAUGCUGUCUGCAAUGAUCAUACUCUCAGUGGAUUAUUAUUAUUAUUAUUAUGAUAUUUAUAGAGCGCCGUCAAAUUCCGCAGUGCUUUACAAUGGGUGGACCAACAGACACGUAAUUGUAACCAGACAAGUUGGACACACAGGAACAGAGGGGUUGAGGGCCCUGCUCAAUGAGCUUACAUGCUAGAGGGAGUGGGGUAAAGUGACACAAAAAGGUAAGGAUAGUAUUAAACUAAUGACAGUUGCAGAAGAGGAAUCAGUCAGGGAUAUUACCCCCUCCUUGCUGUGUGUGGAUUUUUAUUUUAAAUAUAUAUAUAUAAAAAAAAAAAGUAUUGAAAUGUAUUUUAUCUGAUUUAAUCAAUUAAUUGAAAAACAUAAUUGGCCAGUUAAUCAGUUGUGAAAAUAAUAGUUUGGUGCAGCCCUAAUUCUCACAGCUGCUAGGCAAGUGUUUUUUGUUAGUUUUUUUUUUUUUUUUUCUCUUGCAUUGGUAUUGAUAGUUGUUAUGCAAAGGAUUCUGCAUGAUUUUUCUUAGACUUUUGUGUUAUACUGUUGCGCAUGAGUAAGAAUUCAGCAAUUAUGUGGGCUCCUGGCGGAUAAAACAUCUGACGCUAAAGAAGGGAGAUGGCGGCACCCCCAAGGGAGAACUAAUGGCGAGUUUUAUUAUUUUUAGCUUCACCCAUGUGGGUGAAGCAAGCGGACAUGCAUAUUUUAUAACCAUGUUACUAAAAUAUUAUAAAAAACCAGAAUACAUAACCUGCCAAUUCUUCCCAGAUUUUAAAAUGUUGUGCUGUUGAUGCCUCCGAGGAAUGGCUUUUAAAAAUGUGCAAUCUCAUUAUUUGCACACAGGAACAGAUUUUUGUCUGUAAUUAAUAAGUUGCCUAGUAUAUCCAUUAUUUUGUAAAGACCUUUGAUGUUAUUUAUGAGAGUUCCUUUUUAUUUGCAUACAAGCAGUGUAGGCCAAUGAAGAGUGGGCAAUGUAAAGUAUAUGAGGCGAGACUUAAAGAAUGACAUUGUGUGAAUAAUUUUCUUUUCCUGACUGGAGGGGAUUUAUUUUCUUUUUAACUUUUCCCCUUGAACAUUUUUGUCUAUUAUAUAUUUUCACCCUCCUCUGCACAUUCACUUUAAAACAUGCUUAAGAUGAAAGCUGUUAUUAAUAUAAUGUGCACUGCUUGCAUUUCAGUGUUCUCAGAUUUCUGGAGAGCAGUUCAGAUUCCAUGCUCUAGGGGGCAAGCGAAUGCUUGUUUAGUGUAUUUGGAAGGAUUAGCAGACUUAAGAAGAGCAGCAUGACCAACCUCCUGCCUCUGUUUACCAUUCUGUAGCAUUGAAUGGCGCAACAUGGCCUGGGUAGCAGCCGUUGCCUUGAAUGAUCAGAUCUUCACUCCAAGCACACAAUGCACUUGUUGAGACUUGUUCUUUAUUUAUUUUUUCCCUUUUCUUACCCCUUUGCUUUGUUAUGCAGUUCCCACCGUGAUGCUAGCAGAAUUCUAUAACUGCCUCAAAUCCAUGAUGCUUGUCCUAAUUUAGAUGUUUUUCUUGACAUGAAGUUUAACUUUGGUAGCUGGUUUGGCAAGUGACAUUAAAUGCAUUUUUUUUAAUUGGCAUCAAGGGAUGGACAGUUCCCACUUUUUAUCUAGUAGCGUUGUAGUUGUUAUAAUGCAGGGAUUGGACUUCUUACCUGGGGUACAUUGAAUGCUCCAACCCACUUCCACCACGUCCUACAGAGAGCCAGAUGCUCCAGCCUCAGAGCUUCCGUUAUCUCUCCUGACCUUAGCUCAGAAAGAAAGCUUUAGGCUCUCUGUUCAAACUAGUGGAAGCAGGAAGUAGCAUCCAACAAGCCCCAGGUAAGAAUGUAAUUCGUUCUGCAAAGGUUUGAAUACUUGCAAUUGGGACGCAUUCGUGGCACAAUAACCAUUACAGCAGUAAAAUAAUUAGGCUGUCCAACCAAAUAUCAGUCAGCCUGUAGAAAGUAGGCAGAAAAGGCCUAGCUGUACAGUGCAUGUUAGAAUGCCAUGUGAUGUGCAGAACUAUAUGUUUGCAUUUUACGAUUUUUAAUUUUUUUCUAAAUGCUUAAAUAAUUGUGAAAUAUUUUGUGAUUUUAUAUUAUUUAAUUUUUUUUGUUUGUACAAAAAUACAGAUAUCACUGGAGAUGCUUACCCUCUGGCACUUAAAUAAUUAAAAGAUGGCUUGCUGAUAGAAAGACGUUGAUGUGCAAAACACAUACAUAAUUAAUGGCCAAGGUUACCCCUCGGUCACAAUAAAUGCUGAUGGUGCAAUAAAACCCUUCAUCACAAAGCAUGUGACCAAUGACCCCGCAGCUUGUGACUUCCCUUUAGUUACACCACAUUGACAAUUUAUAAAGAAAUCUCUUGUUAAUGUCUUGGCUGCACAUAGCAAGCACAGGGUGUCAGCUGCCCAGGGAUGCUCGAUCCAAUUAAGCACUUUGAGGAAGACAAACUACUUAUUUGUGAGCAGUGCAUGCGAGUGAUAACAUGUUUGUUUUCUGUAUGGUCUGUGUCUCCUUUUUUGUGGGCCUUCAUGAUUUCAUUACUGUUCUCCUGUCCUACCUAGCAGUUUGCUGAAACACAUGCCUGUUUUGUCUUUUGUGGUAAAGACUUUAUAUCUACAGAAGAGAUACUACAUUUUAUUCUGUAGUAAAUGUCUUGCAUUUUUUCUUGUUCCCUUUUUGUUUUUUUGUUUCUUGAUGAUUGGGAUAAUUAACUAGUUAUUAAAAAUAAUUUCUUGAUAAUACUUACAUAAUCAUUCAAGACCUUGAAUGGUGUUACAUGCUUGUUUAGCUGUAAUUUGCCUCCUUCAUAUAUAGUGCACACAAAAUAUUUUUUUUCCAAUAAAAACUGAAUAUAUUUGGUAGUGGGGGAUGUGAUCAAUUUCUCGGAAUUUCAAUGUAGGUAGUCUGUUGUGGGUUGUCACAAAUGUUUACCCACUGGUUUGUCUGUUCGCUGUCACGGAACAUUGUUGUUUUCCUCAAUGUUAAGUCAGUCUUCCCUACAAAUGAUAAACCACAGGGACAAGUAAUAAGGAAUAUAACGUGGUCAGUGGUAAAUGCAUAUAAUGUUGAAUGGGGAUGCAUUUGCCACUGUGAGGGUGUGAAAAUGAGAUACCACUGAUCUUGUGGCUACAAGUAAAACAGCCACUGCACUUGAAGCAUCCAUUUUUAAGUGGGGCUUUCUCUUAUUUUUGCCGUACCAUUAUGGAUGAGUGGCAGAAGCAUCCUAUUUUGUUGCAUGCUCUCAACAGGAUUAUUAUUUUGCGUUUCCAUUCACCAUAUGUCUGUGUUUUCCCGUGAAACUCUUUGACAUAGUGUAUCAAUAUCGUGAGAACCCCCCCAAACCUCCCCUGGGAAAAAUAAAUAAAUAAUUCCGCCAUUUUUGUGUGUGUCUUUGUGUCAAGGUGUGUGUAUCUGUGUUUGUAUGUGCCGGUGUGUGUAUCUGUGUUUGUGUGUGUGUGUGUGUGUGUAUCUGACACACAGAUACACACGCUGGCACAUUGCGGCACACAGAUACACACACCUUGACACACAGUGUGUAUCUGUCUGUGUGUCAUAGUGUGUGUAUCUAUGUUUGUGUCAGAUUCAUACACACUGGCACAUACAAACACAGAUACACACACUUUGAUACAGACACAUACACAGAUACACACACACUUGCACAUAGUGGCACACAGAUACACACACCUUGACACACAGUGUGUAUCUAUGUGUCAAAGUGUGUAUAUCUGUGUUUGUAUGUGCAGGUGUGUGUCAGUGUGUUUGUGUAUCUGACACACAGAUACACACACACACACACUGGCACAUAGUGGCACACAGAUACACACAUUGACACAUACACGCAGUGUGAUACACACAUUGACACACACACACUGACAUAACAAUACAAACACACUGAUAUACACUGGCACAUACACACACACACACACACACACACACAUCCUGACAUACAUGCACACACUCAGAUACACACAGUGACUCAUACACAAACCUUGACACACAGAUACACACUGACACACUCAGACACACAUACUCUUUGACAAACAAACAUACACUCUCACUGACAAACACACAUACUCUUUUACAGACACACAUACAAACACAUAUACACUCUCACUGACAAGCACACAUACAUUCUCACUGACAAACACUCAUAUAUUCUUUGACAGACACACAGACAAUUUAUUAUUUUUUUAACAUUUUACUCCACCCAGCCUCCCUACCUUUUGGAGUACUGGCACUCUCUAUGUCCCUGUGGUACAGUGGGGCUGAUGGGCUGAGCGUGCAGUCCCUGGGGUCCAGUUUGGCUGCUGAGCGGCUGGCAUGCAGUCCCUGGGGUCUAGUGGGGCUGCAGAGCGGUUGGCGUGCUAGCGGCGAGGAAGCAGCGAAAUCCCUGCUGAGCUCCCUUAGUAAUGCCGGAGCUGGAGUGACGUCAUAUUCCGGCUCCAGCAUCACUGCUGUGUGCACAAAGGAGCUGAGCAGGGAGAUCACUGCCCACUGCUCCCUCCGCCAGCGGCCAUUUUGUUUUUAUAAAUUUUGGCGGAACCCCAUUUGUGUUCUCCCUAGGGUUCAGCGGAACACCAAUUGGGAAACGCUGCUCUAGUAGUUCGUUCACUAUUGUAUCUGAGAACUUUCAGAAAUUGUGAUAUCGGUAAGAAAUCUUUAAGAUGGAACCUAUGGGCGAGCAACAAUGUGUUACAAUCUAUCUGGUUUCGAUACAAUGUGUAGCCAAUUUUAUUUUGUGUUUUAAAAACCAUGACAUCCAGGAAUUGUAUGGAUGAAUCAUGCCAUGUGGAUGCCAACUAAACUGGAAGUGGAGAUUGAAACUUCUCAGUAGUGCCUCCCAAAUCAGAAAAAUAUAAUUGACAAAGCAUGGUAGCUCACAAUCCUGUCACUGUAUGUAGGCACAAUUUGCUGCUGUUCAAACCAGAACACAAAAGCAUUGGCAUAAGAUCAUAGCAGUCCUCAUUGCAUUCACAGCUAGUAGCAAAUAAAAAUGAUUUUCAAACUUGCAAGUUAGUUGCAAGAUAGAGCUAUCUGCAAAAAUUCCAGCAAAUAUUCAAUGAGUGGGCCAGAGUUCAGAUGAGAGGCACAUAAAAUUUCUCUCAGGGCUUGGAUCCCUUGCUCAUGGGGUAUUAUUGUGCACAAGCUAUGCAAGUCCAGUGCUAUAAAAAGCACUUCAUUGUUGUUUAAAUCCAGACUACUGAUUUUAUUUAAAAAAAUAAAAAAAAUAAUUAAGUAUCCCGCAAACAUGUAUGGAGAAACAUCACAGUAUCUGUAAUGUAAAAAUCCACAUAUUUUGGGGUUUCUGUCUCUUGCUGACAUUGAUCUAUGCUGAUUUUCAUACAUGGAAUGAUUUAUUCAAAAUCCAAGUGCCUUUUUUUCACUGGAGUUUAUAUAAUGCGCAGUCACUCAUUUACUAAACGUCAAUUUCAAAGCUGACAGAAUGUAAUUAUUUUUUUUUUUUUUUUUUUUUAAACCCCUAACCUAGGCAAAAAUAAUGGGGGUUUAGUUACAUGAAUUGAUCAUACAUUGCAUAAGCCUGCCACAACGCCAAUGUACCCCAUUUUUUAAAAUUCUGUUUAGUGAAUAAGCGAGUGCGUUAGAUCUUGCAUGUUGUAUGAAUUGCCCCCCCAGCAGCCCCUUUAUAAUGUACGCAUGUAUAGGUGAGUGCAGCUCUCUUGGUUUUGUGAAUGAGUGAGUGCACUGGAACUUGCAUGCAUGAUAUAUAUAUAUAUAUAUAUAUACACUAAAUUAUGCAAAAAAUGUGGGGAUUUAAAAAAAAGGUAAUUUUGUUUUCUAUAUUGUUUGCAACUUGCAGCUAAAGAACAUAAAAUAUGUUGUUUUAUUGGUCCUAAUUUUUUUAAAUGCCUCUUUUUUUCUCAUUUGCUAAAUUAAGUGAGAUCCAGUAUUAGACUUCAUGUAUCUCCUGUUAGCAGGGGAUUCCUUGUCAUUACAUCACCCAAUAUGUUAAAGUGUGCAACGCUAACCGUAUCAGCGGAAGAAACGCACUCUUUCACUUCCUAUGCUGUGUAGCUGAAUUAAUUGAUGGGCUCAGAGACUCUGUUAUAGAAAUGCAGCUCCUCUCUGUGUCUCUGAUCACACUUGGAGUAAUCGGAGAAAUCUAUUAGGGUCUCUUUAGACCAUGUGAGUCCCUCCACAGUAGUCCCAGUACCUCACAACAUCAGCAUUGCCAUGGCAGGAGCAUGCCCAAGCAUUGGAGCCGUGACAAUUUAUUUUCGCUUUGAGCUUGUCACAUACAAUGGGUCAUCUGGGACGUUUAGAAUUCUAGUGUAAGUGAACAAGGUAGGUACAGUUUUGGGCUUCUGACACAUACUUCUUAAAUCUGCUAAUACAAAUUUGGGUAUGGGUAACAUUUUUCACACUGUAUAGCAAUGUGUAAUACUGCUUAGUUCUAAAAAAAAUUUAUUUUACUUAGUAAAAAAUGUUACCCAGCAAAUUAUGUAAAUAUAUGAACAAUCUAGAUUUGGGCUGCUAAUGUAAGUGGAUGCCAUUAUUAAGCCCCUUGUUGUCCUGUUGAUAAAAUACGGUACGUUCCUUGUCCUGUCUUCUCUUACUUUUGUAGUGUGAUACAGCCAGUUAAAUACAAGUAUUCUACGCUUGACAACAUUUAGAAAAUAAAAUAAAAAUGCAAUCCAAAUCCUACCACAUAUGCCACCAUCUCACAGAGUAGCAUCAAAACAGAUAGUGAUAGCACUUGCAGGUACAUGUUUCCAAAGACUCCAUCUAAUUUAGUAUGCUAUGCAUGCAGACAGAACCGACUCAAUUAUAUGAGUUGGAUUAGAGACCUUGGAAGUGCAAUUCUAGGUUCUGUGAUUGGCAGGGCUUUUUUUCUAAAGUUCUGCUUUAAAGCUCUGUUGGGAGAGUUAGGAAUGUAAUUGAAAGCUGGAACAAUAGAAUGAAGUUGUUAUGGUGUCAUAGUGUGUCCAUUUUAAUACCCUCUCCCAGAAAAAACGCUAAAUGAAAGUCUCCAUUUUGUAAAAAUGCUUGUAUCCAAAAGGAGAUGCACUAUACGGGCCUAUAUUUUAAAGGGUUACUCCAGGCAUCAUACUCACUAUAGCCCACAGUAGUGGUUAUGAUGCCAGGAGUAACCUGACCCGGUUCCCUGCUAAUGAGACAAACUGUUUUAACAGUUUGCCCUGUUGUCUGAGGCUCCCUUCUGCUGUAGUGACAUACUUCGUGCUUCUGCAGAAGCCAGUGCAAUCGCUGCUCAUUGGUCAAUGAACGUCACUCUGCAAAAACAUUUUUUUUUAUUUUUUUUUUUUAAAGCACAGAAUAGCCCUCCAAGAACUCUAGUUCUGGGUAUCUGAUGAAAACCCAAAAUGCUGCACAUAAAGACUCCAGGCACCGUGACCACUUAAAAUUAUCGACAUGGUCAUGGUGCAUGGACUAUACCUUUAAUGUGAAGCUUUAUGUUAAUGGUACAUUAUUUUUUUAAAGCUUUCCUUUUGAUUCAUAAAAAAAUGCAUUCUUUAUAUUUUAUUAACAAAUGUAUAUUUUUCCUUUUCUUUUUAUUUGCAUUUUGAGUUAUGAUUUUGUGGGGGUUAAUGCCAACACUGGCUCAGCAGCAAAGGGGUUUGUAUUGCAUUGCACUGAUCUGCAACACUCAGUUCAGUGAAAAGGUUUGAAAAGACUAACCCUGAACAAUGCUUUGUUUACAAUUUCUGUAGAUAAGAGGAUCUCCUGCUAUGUCUCAAGGCAGGAAAAGUCUUACAGAGUAGUUUUUAAAGACAGUCACCCCUUUUCUCUUGGGGCACACAAAAAAAACCCAUCAAUUGUGAACCUCACAUGAAUAUGUUUGGUUUACUUAACUUCUAAAUCCUACAUAAGAAAGAUUCAAGUGGUUCUGUGGUUUUUUAAAGUUAUUGAUGAGGAGCCAGACUUGAAAUGUGGAUUUUUACAGCUUUUAGUGCAUUCUUAGGAAGCCAGAUACAUUAUUUAAUCUCUGCAUCGGAAGAUAAUGAUGGAUCGCUGAUUGAUACCAGGCUUUCUUAGUUGUAGUGCAUAUUACUAUCCUUUCCUUAGUCUCUAAUGCAUGUGCACCCAAAAGCAUUUCUCGCGCUGAUAACACUGCUUUGAACAUCAGCCAUUACUGCCUAAAAGCAAAAGUGAACUAAAGAGACGGCAGGCCAAACUGUAUCCCUACUUUACCAAUCCACUAAUUGCUGCCAGGAAUUUGUUUACAGGUUGUUACUGUUCACAUACAUUGUACUGUUUGCGUAGCUUAUUAGUGAAUUAGUGAAGUUAUUGUUUGCAAAUCACAAUAGUGGUCAACUUUGCCACCUUGAUUUAAAGAAAACAUUAUAGUGUUAGGAAUACAAAACCGUACUCCUCCCUACAACCUCCAGCAAUGUAAAGGGUUAAAGUUGCCUCUACUGAUGUCACCUGAUGAGGUCAGGAUCCUAAAGUGCUUGACGAGCGCCGCAUGCACAUUCGGUAUUCCCCAUAGUAAAAAAUUUAAUCAGUGCUUUCCUGUGGGGGAUUUUUGUGCAAAGCGUGGAGAUGCCUAGCAUUCUUUCAUGGAGUCAAACUCUGUGAAACUGCAGUAAACACCUCUAGUGGCUGUCUGGUAGAUAGCUAGUGGAAGUAAUAGCAUUCUCUAAAACUGCAAUGUUUAACAUCGUGGGAUUAAACAGGGACACUGCACCCAGACCACUUCAAUGACACAAAGUGGUCUGGUGCCUAUAGUGUCCCAUUAAUUUGGGACCAUCCAAGAUUUUUCCCAAAACCAUGCAGUAAAAGUCAUAGGUCUACAUAAUAUUUAUAGCACUUUCAGAAGCAGAAUGAGAGACAUCCAUUAUCUAUUGAAAAGAUUUGGAAAGGUCUUUUCCAGAACUCAACCAUGCUGCUACAAUCUUGACCCUUUUUUCUUAUGUUGCAAAAAGGCAUGCUUGAGACCGUGUACUCCUCCCAUGUGAUUUUUCCAGGCCUGCUGAGUAUCAAUUCAGACCCCAUCUGUUUUACUGUCCUAAAGGAAAAGGAGAGGGGGGGGUCCUCUUAUAAAUCUUUUGCAGGUGAUAAUUGAUGCCCUGUCUCAUUGAGGACAGCCUGGGUGGCUUCCUUUCUUUAUUUUCCCUCUUAAAAGUUAUCCAUGGGAAAGCCUAGUCUGUGAACUUGGUGUUAAAAUGCUAACCAACUUCUUAUACAGUAAAAGCACAUUUCCUUGUCGGUGUUUCUUUAGGCAGCAAGCUGGACAAAUUACGGUUUGUUUAUUAUAACAGGGCUACUGUAAAAUACAAAGUAGCAAGCAGCUAUAGUAAACAAGACAUACAUUAUUUUUGUACAUUGCAUUAUACCUUCAAUCCUACAAAUUAGUUCAUUUUUCGCAUGAUAUGAUAAAUUAGGAGUAUAGGGUAUUGCAAAGGCAAGGGAGCAUCAUUGUAGUGUAAUGUUGUGAAGCAUGAAAUUGAAUGACAAUUUUUAAGUAAAUGUGUGUGUUUUAUAUUCCACAUUUUUUAUUUAUAUAUAUUCAUACUGUAGUUACUAUUGCAGUCAUAUGGAAAUUGGAAAAAAAUUGAAUUCAAUAAUAUGCUAUGCUUUAUCAACAGAAAGAAAGCAUAGUUUGUCAAAAAGAGAGCUAUAGACCCCCUGCUUCAAAUUUUGAUAUAGACGCUGACAGAAGGUUUUAAUAGACAGAAUACAAUUUAGAGGUAAAGCGUUUGUCUCGGAGAAUUGAUGGGGAGAGACCUUGUGUUCUCAAUCUUGGCUCUGUGUGAGUCCAAGGAAGUAGUAUUUCACUACUAAGAACAGUAGUUGCACAUAACCAGAUAAAGGUGGCUUGGGAUCAAAUGCUUUUAGUAAUUCAGUACAGAAGGAACAUGAGCUCAUAGCCAAUAACAGUUAUUUUUUUGGAGGGGUGGUGGGGUGAGGAGAAGGCAACUUACUACUAUUUUAACUUUGCAUUAUGAACGCUGUUUAUGUCCGAAAUUCCACUGAAAUAGCCUUCUUAACUAAUUGUCAAAUACAUAAAUGGUUGAUUAGAUCCGUUAAGCGGACCGUGAACCCGGAAAGGAUAUUUAUUCCUUGGGUUCAUGAUGUGACUCAUGCUUACUGCCAAGGGAUUUUGAGUUCAGAGCAGUGUUUCAUGUAGAAAUGAUGCUUAGAGUAUCUGCAGAUUCUGCUUCCUCUGUUAUGGGUAUAAUGAACUUGGGUUGAGCCCAUAUUGGUAUCCUUCAUUGCCAAAAUCACAAAAACCUGUUGAACAUCUUGGAGUGGUACUUCUCUCAAAUGCCAUGUCAAGCAAAUUGUACCCAAUAUAUCAUCUUUAUGUGUGUGAUGUGUUUUGAUUUAUGCAUCCAUUAAUAAAUUACGUUUUGAAAAUAUCUGUACUAUUAUAAUUACUUAUAAAGCCAACACAGUCAGACACUGAACUUUCCUCUUAGAGAUGCAUUGAUUCAAUUAGUCUCUAUAAGGAGAUGCUGAUUGACCAGGGCUGUGUUUGACUUGUGCUGGCUCUGUCCCUGAUCUGCCUCCUGACACUCUCAGCCAAUCCUAUUGGGAAGCAUUGUGUUGGUUCAGACCACCACUUUUGAUGAUGUCAGCAGGCAGAUCAGGGGCAGAGGCAGCAGCUGCACAUUUGAGGGAGCCAGGGAGGUUUGGGGGAGCUAGAUGGUGAUUUUAACACUAUAGGGUAAGGAGUACGUUUGCGUUACUGACCCUAUAGUGUUCAUUUAAGGAUUUUUUUGGGUGCCAACCUGUCUUUUUCUUUGACAGGCUCUUUUUGACAAAAGCUAGAGCUUUGCCGGUACAAAACGCUUGGCCCCUUUGCUGCCGAACAGAUAAUGAACAUUUCACACAAGCCAACCAACCUUGGUUGUGCAGUAAUAGGCUGUAAACGUUGGAGCUACAUUAGCAUCAUCUAAGCUGCAGCUGAAACUUUGGCUUUGGGUAGCUUUCUGAAAGCAUAUAUAUAUAAAAAAAAGGUGAUCAUACUUAUUGCACCAUAACCACAACAGAGUAUUGUAAUGGUUAUGAUGCUUAAAGGGUCAAUUAAAUCACCAGCACAACUUUGCAUUUGCACUUCAAAACUGUCAGUCAAGCAGCCAGAAUACUUUCCAGUUGCCCCAUAGCAUUUACCCCCACUUUGCACAAUUUGGGAUAACUUCUUUCUCCUCCCCAAAGAGAGAGCCAAGUUGCUGACCACUUGUGCAUGGACCUUUUCUCAUAGUGCACAUUUAAACAAUGAACUAAGCUACGUUUGAUGUGAUGGCAACUAUGGUAUGACGACUGCGUAUUUACAGAGCACUUCCAUUCAUCCUAAACGCUUGGGGAUUAACUACUUAUCCUAUAAUCUCUUCCUGGAUUGGGAAUAAUGGAAUAAGAGUCUCUCCCUGCUUCAGAUAGACCCACUAAACAGUACCAAAAAUAGUAUUUUAAAGGAACACUAUAGGGUCAGGAACACAAACAUGUAUUCCUGACCCUAUAGUGUUAAAACCACCAUCUAGCCCCCCUGGCCUUCCGUUGCCUCCCUAAAUAUAGUACAUUCUUAUCUGAAGAUGCUGAUUCUGCCUCUGGAACCUCCUAUGUUUGCUGACAUCAGAAGUGGCGGUCUGAGUCAAUCACAAUGCUUCCCCAUAGGACUGGCUGAGACUGUCAAGGAGGCAGAACAGGGGCAGAGCCAACAUAAGUCAAACAAAGCCCUGUCCAAUCAGCAUCUCCUCAUAGAGAUUAAUUGAAUCAAUGCAUCUCUAUGAGGAAAGUUCAGUGUCUGCAUGCAGAGGGUGGAGACACUGAAUGGCAGUGCUGCUUACUCUGCAGCACUGCCCAAGGAAGCAGCUUUAGCAGCCAUCUAAGGAGUUGCCAGUGGAGUUGUCAGUAGGCUCUAAUGUAAACUCUGAAUUUUCUCUGAAAAGGCAGUGUUUACAGCAAAAAGCCUGAAGGGAAUAAUUCUACUCACCAGAACAAAUACAAUAAGCUGUAGUUGUUCUGGUGACCAUAUUGUCCCUUUAAGGAUAUGUGUGGUUUUUUAAUAUAUUUUUUUUUAUUUCAUAUUUUGCAUCAUUUACAUCUUAUAGUUCCAUUUUAAAGUGCCCAUUUAAAUUCAGCAAACUUGGAAUUGGGGAGAAUUGACAAAGAAAUAUGUGUCUUUGCCUGUUAUACAGUGUUGCAGAAUUCAUGAAACGUUGAGUGUGAAUAUAGUAGUCGAUUUUAUAAACAUUGCCUAACUUGGUUAUAUUUUCCUCUAUGGUCUUCAGACCUGUCCCCAAUUGAACUACAUUUCUACUGGUCUCUAUGUAUGACUGAAUCCUACUGUGGUUUAAUUUUCCACUGGUCUAUUGCAGCUUUGUCUUGUGGUGGACAAGUACCCAUAGACCACUUAUGUUCUCAAGCCAUAAUACAGAAAAGAAAACAAAGGCUGAGAAUUGUGUGUACUAGUAGGCACCCAACAAUGGAAUACUUAGCUACCUGGUCAUUUCCAUCCCUUCCUUUUACCCUUUAGUCGUACCCAUACAGGCUCAUUUUUUAGCACCGAUCUAGUAUAUUGUUUGUUUAAGUUACAUAAAUUCAUUGCUUUGCUUUCUCUUAUAUGAUUAAUCCUUCAUUAUCAACUCUUUUGGUAACCCCUGUACAAGCAUAAACAUUUCUGAACAUGUACAGUCAUGGGAAAAAGAAAGUAUACCCUCUUUGAAUUCUAUGAUUUUACAUAUCAAGAUAUUAAGCCAAUCAUCUGUACAUAAGCAGGUCUAAAAAUUAGGUAAAUACAGCCUCAGAUGAGCAACAACACAUGACCUAUUACACAGUGUCAUGAUUUAUUUAACAAAAAUAAAACCAAAAUGGAGAAGCCAUAUGAAAAACUAAGUACACCUUGUGAUUUGAUAGCUUACAGAGCCAGCCUUAGCAGCAAUAACUUAAAGUUAUUGUUUUCUGUAUAACUUUAUCUAUCAUUCUCUCACAUCAUUGAGGAGGAAUUUUUUCUUUACAACGUUGCUUUACUUCAUUGAGGUUUGCUUGCAUUUGUUUAUGCACAGCAUUACAGGGUUACGGGCUGGACUGGGCCAUUGCAACACCUUUAUUCUUUUCUUUUCAUUCUGAUGUAGAUUUGCUGGUGUGUUUGGGAUCAUUGUCCUGUUGUCUGACCAAAUUUCGGCCAAGCUUUAACUGUCGGACAAAUGGCCCCACAUUUAAUUCUAGAAUACUUUGUUAUACAGAGGAGUUCAUGGUCGACUCAAUGACUGCAAGGUUCCCAAGUCCUAUGACUACAAAACAAGUAAAUUCAUCAUCCCUCCACCACCGUGCCUGACAGAUGGUAUGAGGUGUUUGUGCUGAUAUGCUGUGUUUGUUUUUUGCCAAACUUGAUUCUGUGCAUUAUGACCAAACAUCUCCACUGUGGUCUCAUCUGUCCAAAGAACAUUGUUCCAGAAGUCUUGUGGUUUGUUCAGAUGCAACUUUGCAAACCUACAUCAUGCUGCCAUGCUCUUUUUAGAGAGGAGAGGAAACCCUUCCUGGCAACCCUUUCAAGCAAAUUAUAUUUGUUCAAUCUUUUUUAGAUGAAACUUAUAUUUGUUUAAUAUUUUUUGAGAUGUAACAGUCUGGCCUUGGGGUAAAUUUCUUGAGACGUCCACUCCUGGGAAGAUUGGCAGCUGUCUUGAAUGUUUUUCACAUGUUAAUAAUCUUUCUCACUGUAAAUUGAUGGAAAUGUCUUUAUAACCCUUCACAGUUUGAUGGGCAGCAACAAUUUCUUCUCUAAGAUCAUGGCUGAUGUCUUUCAUACUUGUGUUAACACACGCCUAAAUUCUCCAAACCAGCAAGCUUCUAAAUCUUUGGCUCUUAUAGAGGUGGUCACACUUGCUGAUGAUCAAUUAAACAAGGGCAUUAGCCUUUUAAUUCCUAUGGAAGCAGUAAGGGUGUACUUAGUUUUUUUACACAUGGCUUUUUUAUUUUGGCUUUAUUUGUGUUAAAUCGUGACAUAGUGUAAUAUGUCAUGUGUUGUAUGUUCAUCUGUAGUUGUAUUCACCUAAUUUUAAGGCCUGCUAAGUAGAUGAUUAUUAUUUCCAGAUAUGUAAAACCAUAGAAUUCAAAGAGGGUGUACUUUCUUUUUCCCGUGACUAUAUAUUAUGAUCUAACGCUCUGUAAAAACCAAAGUACAAAAUAUAAUAAUCCUUAAUUUGGUCAUUAAACAGCAGUUCUACUACUACUACUACUGACUUACAUUGACCAGUCAAUGCAUGUAAUAUGUACAGUGCAAUUCUAUUUAUGCAAUAUUAUUUUGAAAGUAUUGAGUUCACUGUGAUUGUUCCAAUGUGUGGUUACAAUUGCAGCGAUUUUUUUGACAUAAAAUCUGUUUUUAAUUUAUUCUGUUCUGUCACAAAGACUAGUAACUUUUUAAUUACGUAAGACAACAUGCCACUUAGAUUUUAAAAGUUGGUCAGUGUAUGUUAUCAGAGAAAGGGUGAAAGUUGCAAUAGGCACACCUUGAAUUGAUCCUUUCUGUUCCCUGACAUUGGUCACUAUCCGCUACGGGAAGCAUGAAAGUAUUUAUCACCCACCAGUUCGGGAUAAGCUUAGGAUGCUGUGUGUACCAGCCAGCUGCUGUUUGAUGAAGUGUAGGUGGGAGCUAUCUUCCUCUUUCAGAGAAGAUCCUUAUGUAUAUAGAUACUGUUUAUUCAUACACGGGACAUUAGCAGACUACUACUUCAAUGGCCUUGCAUUUACACCUCUAAACAGCAAAUUUUAUUCUGUUUAAACAGUCAUAAAUAGCUUGGAUUGCCUUUAGCGGCUCUUUUUAAAGGGCCACUUGAGUGUGUUCAGGUGCAUUUUGAUGAGGAGUAGGUAAGCAAUGGGCUUUUUACCAUUUAUCAGUCGGUGGGCCAGGCAGGAAGUACUAAAUAAUUAAAUUAAGCCUUUUAUUCAGAUAAAGGAUACAAUAAACCUUCCUACGUAUUUUCUCACUUUUGUUUGGUAAACAUUUCUAUUCCUGCAGAUACUGUGAAGUUCAAUUUCUUUGAUGUGGUAAAGCGGAGUUCCUUAGAGGUUAAAAGUACACUCCAGGCUGAUUUAUACCUACUUAUCAUUUCUGUAUUAAUGAAAUUAAAAAUUAAUCUAGUAUCACCAAAAAUUAAAGAAAAACUCUUUGGCAGUACCUUGCUCAUUUCCUGCUGGCCAUGGUUUUCUCUUUCCUUUGUAGCGAUGAAGUAGAACAUAUCUGUGAUGUUCCGAGUGUAUGCAAAGUAUCUGCGAUACGUCUAUUCCCCCCACACACUUAUACAGACUUGGUUUCCCCGCUUUUACUCAUUAACUAGCAUGAAAAGAAAUGGGAUCAUAAUACUUUCACUACUUUAUAUUUUGAAUGCUUGUAAAUAUUGUGCCUGGAAUGUCCCUAUACUUCUGCAGGUUGUAAUCGAACAGCAAUGUAUGUAGUAAUGAUGGUUGUUUAAUACAGACCCUGUCCAGAGGACACUCAAGGCAGGGCUGUUUUUCCUCUGCAGAGAAUGGAUAGUUUUUUCUAUACUUUAUCUAUACUCUAAAGUAGACAUAAGAACAGAAAUUUAAUUGACAUGAUACGACUGGAUUUCUAAAUAAUACAAUUUAUCCCCAAUCCUUUUCCCCCCCGCAGUGUAAUUACCUUUGAGUCUGUUCUCUUACAUUUGAAGACAAAUAUUUAAAAGUUUAUUUUUCUUUCAAAUGUGAGCUUGCAAGACUUUAAUAGAAAAUAACAUUUUGCCUAUUUGACAAAAUGCCAACAAAUGUAUAGAUCAUAUUUAACAUUAAAGGGUGAUGCUUACAAUAAUAUGUUAAUCCUAGGCAUGUAUACGUUGGUGUACACAUAUCUCACAGAACAAGCUUGAAUGCAAACCUAUUAUUAUUGUUAUUUGCUGGUCAUUGGGCUAAAGCAUGUGUAGAAUAGUUUGUUUCAUACCAAAGCAAGCUUUUUGAGAUGCACAUUUGCACACCACAGGUUUUUGGAAAUAGUUUUCAUGUUUCCCUAUGUUAAAGUGAGCUUUGCUUUUUUGCAUUAAUGUACGCGUAUAAUAUACUGAUGUUCUUAAUGAAUCUAGAUCUCUCUAUUUUGGUUUUCACAUGCACAAUGUUCCAGCAUUGUGGUGAACAUCGUAACACUGUGCGUUUUCUCAGUAAUUUGUUUAACAGAUUAGUCUUAAUUUUUAGUACCCUGUUCUUUUUAUGUCUUUGAUUUCUGUAUCCUACAAAAGCACAUUUGACCUUAACGUAGAAUGACAGAUAUAUAUUUCCACCUCUGAUGUGGAGAAUAAGGCUAUUGGGUUUAAAGAGAACCCAAGGAUUAGUAAUCCUGAUGGAAUGGAUGAUGACCAAUGUAAAGUAACAGGUGGUUUGCAAUGAAGGCGGGAAUUUUGGAAACCAAAACCGUAUUUUUACACUAUGAUAAGCCCUAAGGCUGUAAGGAAAAACUUGCUUCAAACAACCUUUUUAAGGGACACUUUACCCUAAUAGGUCAUAUUAUUUAUGAAGAAGUGGAUUUGACAGCUUUGAACUGAAGUAAAUAGUACAGAAUUUGUGGGCUUAUAUGGCUCUGUACUAGGAUCUAAUACAGAAAAUGUGGUAAAACACUAUUUUCUGGUAAAUAUCGAAUUGUACCACUGAUGAGUUGGGAACUCGGAUGGCUUUCCUAACCCAAUGCCUGACAAAUUACUUUUCAGUGAGAAUGCUUGUUUUAACAAUCCACUUUCAAGACAUAACUAGCACUAUGGGUGAAUAGUUAAAACCCACCGCCUUAGAAAUAAGUUUAGGCUAACCAGUUUAUUUUUUUCCCUUGUUACAUUCUCCUGUUUGUUUUUAUUAAAGGGGUACUCUAAGCAUAAUUACUACAGUCCAUUGGAGUGAUUAUGGUACCAUCCUUAGUUCUGUGUCAGUUCAUAACCCCAUAACCACAACUGUUUAUGCUGCUACACUACAGUUUACAGACUAUGUUGUUAAUACACAAUAGAAUGUACUACAUCGUUUUGGUAAUUUUAGUCAAUCUCAUUUAGAUUGUAAUAUUGUAUAAACUAGCUCAAAUUUACAGAGUAGAAAACUGACUCUGUGAGUAUCAUGCACAUAUAAGUCUGGCAUAAACUCUGUGUGUGUGUGCAGCUAGCCUGACCAGCAGAUUUCAACACUUUUUGUGCACAGCUUCAGUUCUGCUCAGAAGCCACGGCUAAGCAUGACCGCUAUAUGACAGCAACAGAGAGGACAAACGAGUAGCAGUAUCCUUACUACAUAUCUGGGUGUCCACUGUUUAUAAUGUGCUAUGGCUUGCAAGAUGGAGGUAGUUGAGGCAGAUUAAGUUGUUAUGGCAAUUAAGUUGUUAUGGUUUGACUAGGUCUUGAGCACCAUGUUAACUUAAGGGGUUGAACUGUUAACAAAUGGUUUAACCACAAAAUCUGGAAUCCAGCACCUGAUUGCUUUGUGCCUCCAUUUCACGACUUCAGUCAGGAAACUGUGUACUGAGCAUAGGCUGAGCGUGUACCUUUCACAUAUCUUUUUCACACUGUUUUCUAAAUGGGGAGGCAGCAAUAGCCUGAGACCUGAUUGAACACCUUCCUGAUUGAAGCCUCUGACAUUUAGAGGAAUUGGGUUUAAACCAUUUGUUAACUAUUUUAACUCCUCGGUGUAAGACAGUGCUUGGGCCCCCUCUCACAUCAUAAUAACUUCAGGUUUUUAUUUUAUAUGUUUUUUGUGCGUAUUAGUGCAGUUUAUAUGCUUUAAAAAGGAUGGGUAAGUUAUGGUCUGGAGUGCCUUUUUAGAUAUAAUUUUAAAUAAACUAAAACUGGGUGGGGGGAGAGGGGAUGAAAAGUACCUGAUAGCAUUUUAAUAGACAAAGUAUUUCUAAAUAAUUUGGUUUUCCAUUUUUUUUUUUUUUUUGUAUCACAGUUUUCUUAUUUUGCCGCUGAUACUUAAUCUAGUUACAACUCUUGCUCAUUGACUUUGUAUUAGUCUUCCACUUACAUACUUCCCUGGUGAUAUAAUGGUAAAAGAGCCAGGCAUAUGUAACUACGUCAGGGAAAAAGUAACUCCUUUUAAAAAUGUUGAUGACAGUUUUUCUGGCAAAUUAUCACAUAUACAAUGUAUUUUCUGUUUAGAAAAAGUCCGGGAAAUACAGGAAAAACUUGAAGCCUUUAUUGAAGCCCUUCAUCAGGAGAAGUAGGAGCAGUUUACCAAAUAGGUAAUGUGUUUGUUUAUUGCAUAGUGUGCGGUGUGUGUGUUAAUACUGACUAUAUAUGUAUUUUAUGCACGUUUAACAAUUCAGCAAUUUCUUUUUUCCCUCUCCUCACACUCAGAUAAAUUCUUAGAAAAUGAAGACAUUUUGGAUUUCCAACAAUCUGUUAAACAGAUCCGAACAAGUGCUGGAAUUCAGAAACAAGAGGGAACUGUGUCCGAUGUAAAGACGAGAAAGCUUUCAAUGUCCAUACACCAUAACAAAGAAUAUGGUUGUUGGUUGCCACUGUCCUGUGCUUUAUUCUGCACCUUAUCCUACCUUACACGAGCAAAAUGCCUUGGGGGAAAUUGUCAUUUUACCAUUUGUACAUAAAUCACUAGCGCUGUGAAUACGAUCUUCUGUUUCAAUUGCUGUAUAUUUACAUUUUGUCCGUCACUUAUGUCUCUAGUAGCAGUAUUUGUUUUCAUAUGAAAUUUAACUUUGCAACUGCAAAUAAUGAAAUUAAUUUUGCUUCAUUCUUAAAUUCUGUUUUAUAUACCUAGUACCAGGAGAGGAAAGCAAUGUAUUAUUCACGAGUUAAGAAUUGUAACACUUUAAGUCCCAUUCAGGGAAAGAGGGCUUUAUUAUGAAUUUGUUAUUCUGUUGUGUCAUAUUGUCUGCUGCUUUGUAAUUAGAUGUACCAAUGAAUUCUAGUCAAAGCAGACUAAUUUAUGCAGUGUAAAUAUGUGUAUCCAGCCCAAUCUACUGCUGUCACGUUUUUGCUUGGACAUUUCUGAAGGAUUAAAUAAAUGAGCACUUACUGUAAGCCUGCAAUUAAAUUAUUUAACUGCCUACAAUCCCCCUCUUUGUAAAAUACUUUAAAGGAACGCUUUAGUGUUAGGAAUACAAAUAUGUAUUCCUACCACUAAUGUUUUCCUCUGCCCCCGCAAACCCACACCUCUCCCGAUGAAAGCAUCACCUCAGUGCUGUCCUAUGGGGUUUUCCUUGAGGCUGGAUGCCCACUUGCAUAGCGUGAGGACAUACAGUGUUGUUUCACGGAUUCAAACUCUAAAACUGCAAUUUUGUACAUUGCAGGGCUAAGGGGAACAGGGACACUGAACCAAGAACACUUCAAUGAGAUGAAGUGUUCUGAGUGCAUAUAAUGUUCCUUUAAACUUCUAUUAAAAAAAAAAAAGUGUUAUUUUUUUAAAGUUUAUUGGCACUUUAAAUAUGUUAAAGGAACACUCCAAGCAUUGACUCCAGCAAUUAUGGUGUUUGGAGUGCUAAUUUGACAAGAAAUGUCCUUUAAUGAAAUUUCUUGUCAUAUUAGUCUCUUUAUAUUGAUAUAGACAUAUAUAUAUAAUGGAUUCUAAGGUGGGGGAGGUUAUUAAUAUUGCUAGUCUGUUAUUCUGAUGGCUUAUAAUAAAUGUAUUGUUUUGCAUGUGACAGCCAGUUCACACUCAUGUUUACAUGAUGCACUGCAUAUAGUACAUUUUUGGGCCUUUUUUUGCCAGAAUCUGCCUCUUGCUUAAAGUAGGGGGAGGGUUAAUGUUCAAAUUACAGCACAUUGCUUACUUUGCAUAUGUGUGCCCAAACUCAAGUAAAAGAAAAACAUGUUUACAUUUUGAAUAUUGCACAUUAUUACAUCUUGUAGCGUGUAAUUGACACCUUGUUAUCUCUAUGAUUUGACAAAACAUGUUUUGUUAUUUUACCAUUCAUUGUUUAGAGAUCUGGGUCCUCUCUGGGCUGAUCGUCUGGUGACAUGCUGCUGCAGAGUCAUGGAAGCUGUGGCAUUUGUCAUUCAUUGGCUGAGAGCAUCAGAUGACCGCUCUCAACCAAUGACCGACGUUCUGUGCAAUGAAAGCUGCACAGAAUUGGCAUUAGUCAGAACAGACCUCUAGUUCAAGGCUGGCUGAUGACACCAAAUGACACUGCCAGUAGGUGGAGUUACACAUCUGGCUGCAGAGGGAUUAAACUUCAUUUGUGCAGUGUUUCAAUUAAAAUGCUGCACAUGACAUGCAGAUUCCAAGCACCAUGACCACUUCAAAUCACUGAAGUGGUCAUAGUGCCUGGAUUAACCUUUUAAUUUGGCACAACAACAUUUGUUGGUACAACAAAUGUUU